AAUUCAAGAUGGCGGUUGUGGACACAGCAUACAUGUAGCAUGUUUCACAUGCUUCAAGUGACCUAAAAAGUUUAAUGCUUUGCCAAUAUGAACAACUUUUGGCUAUGAUUUUCUCCAAAUAUGUCAUCUUUCUCAUUUUUACAGUGGUUCUACUGUCUUUUUCCGGAUCUACAUGGUUCACCGACAGGUAAGACUCAAGUAAGCAAGUAUAAUUAUAAGUAAUGAGGAUGAUGAGCUUUUAAAGAACGACGUGUCUAGAUACCCGGCAGCCUGGAACUGUUUUCAAAAAACUAGAUAUCCGGCAGUCAGAAAUUUUGACCAAUUUUCUCGAAAUACAUAAGAUAUUUGCUUAGAAAUCUCAACCGAUUAUAAAUAAUUAUUGCCUUGGGUUAAAAGUAGAAGCGACUGUCGAGCUUGGGCAUAGAGUAUCUACUUUUUUGGCAAGCAGUUCCCAGCUGCCGGGUAUCUAGACACGAGCUUUAAAGAAUAGUACAUAGAUUUAGCCAGGGCUAAUAGUGAAGCUCCCGUUAAUAAAUUUUAUAAUUAAACUUUAGGGCACAUUCAUGUAACUUUUGAGGGAAAGGGUAAGUGAUUUUAGAGAAACAAUUUGCAAACUGUCCAAGAGUGAAACAGAUCUUGCAUCGAGUUAAUAGUCCUUACAUGUGCUCGACUAGUAGUCAAGUAUAUCAUUCUGAAUGCAGCACAGUUGGCCCAAACUCUGUGGGAGUUCUUAGGGACUUUGAAAUUAUGAGAGAAUGUAUGAAAACAAACAAAAUACUUCCAAAAUUCCAUUUUUUGACAAAAUUAGAAAUAAAAAUGACUCACUCUGUGUUUUUGUUAUGUUUUUUUUUCUGUCUCUUCACUUCUUAGUAGAGCCAUUUGGAGGCCAUUUUAUUGAUAUUUAAGAUUUUGAGUUGUAUUAACAAUAGGAAAUAAGGGAAGAAGGCUGUGGAGUGUGAAGCCGACUGUUCCAGCUCGAAGCUCCAUAAAUCCCUUGAAAAUGGUCCAAACUCACCAAAAUUGCCGUCAAAGGAUUGUCGAUAGUCUGUCUUUCCCUUCUAUGCUUGUGGAGUCUCAGAUUUCACCAAAACCGCUUGCAAAGUGCUUUGGUUUUAAAAUUUUUCCACAAGAGUUUUCUUUCUUCCGAUGCGUAUGACCGGGCUACUUGACGUGAUGUAGUCAAUGGUUGCUCAAAGCUUACAUCACAGCGACAAUUUGCCCCGUCCAGGAGUGGGCACAGUGCAUCGCGAGUAGCAUGGUGGGAGGAUCCCUUGGUACAUUUGACUAUGACAAAGCGUGCCAAAACAUCAUGCCAGCACCCUGCUAUUUACACAGCCGAACAGUCCUCUUCAUCUUCUUCUUGGUCUAACUUCGCUGCUUUUUAAAAACCCAUUCGCUUUCAAAAGAAACUUUUCAGUCUUUAAAAUUGUUCUUUUCAGAUUACCUAUCGCCUUUUGUUUUCAUUUUAGUGCUGCCACAGUUCGUGAGCCUGAAGCGAACGAAUGAGGCAGCUCUCUAAUCGGCAAAAAAUUACAUUUUAGGGGCAUUCAAUCACUGUUGCUUGUCAGAUGCAAAGAAUUGUGGUUAUGCACAAAUAAAAGAUUUAGGAUGCACAGUGCACUCACAAGGAAUUGUGGUUAUGCUGAAAUGGGAGAUUUAGAAUGCGCAGUGGAUUGCCACGUGCUUUCUUCUUACACUGAUUUUCAACUGCAAUUUGAAUAAUUUGCAAUCUCAUUAAAGUAUAGAAACAAUAGGUCUAAUUAGCAAACAACCAACUUUGCACGUGCUGCAUACUUUUGCUGUUAGCAGACACAUGUCGACUGAGAACCAAAGGCAUUCAUAAUGAUUUCAAUAUAGUUGAUGCCUAGGCAGACUGAGAGCAAAGUUUGAAACCUCGGUAUAUUUGGGUUGGUUUUCGGAAAACAGAACACGCUCAAGACCAGCAAAAUAGCAUAGCAUAUGGACAAAACAAUAGACUUACUGUAGCAAGCAUCCGUUUUAUAUCUUUCCAGCGAGCAUAUGUUGACAAAAUGCAAUAUUUUAUUAAUAAAUCAGUUAUAUUAUUCACUGUCGCUAUAUGACCGGUAACCGGCCAAGAUUUACAAAACAGUAAGUGACCGGCAGUCAGAUAUUUUGACUAUGGUGAUAAUUUAGGGUUAAGCACUGACGAUACUGAUUAGGGUUAACAACUGAAAAUACCAAUUAGGGUUAAGCACUAACCAGGGUUAAGCCCUGAGAAAAGUGAUUAGGGUUUCAGUCAUCUUCUAUUUUGGUUUGGAGUUUUCACCACAACAUUUGAAUCAAAUCACCAUCAAGUGCAGUGAAACCAUGGUGGUCUUGUGUUUAGAGUGUAGACCCUAUACUGUGGGAUCAAAUACGCUCAUAUGCGAGUGGAUUUUUUUCUUUUAAAAUUGAAGAGACUUUGACAGCAUUUGUUAAUCAGAUACUAAGUUUCUCAGUCUAUUCUGAAUCAAUGUACCGCUUGCAUGAUAGUUUGGGCUGGCUGGGAUUCUUCGAUUUGUCAAAAUUUCGGACUUGCCCGUCAUUUAGUGUUUUGAAAAUCUUGACCAGUUACCGGCCAUAUAGCCACAGCCUUUAAUAUUUUCCAAGUAAAUUUCCUUCUGUGUCCACAUUGUAAGAGGAAUCACACAAGCAGCAUUAGAGCUACAAGCCCAAAAUUUAUGUGUCAUAUUUAUCUAUAAUUGAACGUAACUUCCCUCCCAAAUUGUUUAAAUUGGCGUUUGAUUUGUGACAUGGUUACUAAGCCAAGUUAUUGUUGUGUUUUCCUUGUCGUUUUUCAAACCUGUCUUGUAGCGCGGAUCAUAGUCCGACAAAUUUCCUUAAACUUGACACAUGAAAUAAACACAGUCUUAAAGUCAAGGUUUUCUAAGUUUCAUGGAAAUCGCUUGAUUUUUGUGCAAACAGAAAGACAAUUUGCGAAACACCAUAGCUGGAAAAUUUGCUCAUAUCGGGAAAUCAAAACUUUAAAAUAAACUUCAGUUAUUCAGAAGAAUAAGAAUAAUUAAACUUAUACAUUUCCAAAAUUAAGAAUUAUCCGGCCACCUCUGACGUAACAUGAGCAAGUUAGAAAAAUACUAAAAUUGGCUCAAAAAUAAGUUGGUGUCACCUUAAAUGUACCCAAAUUAUUAUUUUGGUUGCACUGUUGUGAUUUUGUUUAUUUACUUACAUUCUCUCAUAGAAUUUAAAUUUGCAUGACCUUCCAUAAAGUCUGGGUUACAUGUGGUUCAGUCAUACCUUGAGUCAGUUCCAUUCAGCCAAGAAUGCUGCCACAAAAUGCCUUAAUUAAUUUAAUUUAAUGAACAACAUUGAAGCCAAGUUUCAAUACAUUAUCUUAAACCUUUGCUUUCCAUAUAUUCUUUGUUUUGUAUAUCCUUUGUUCAUAUACGUGAGUAUCAAAUUAUUUGCUGAAAACAACCAAAGAAAAGUCCUUUUUUUGUUUAGCGGUGAUGCUCACCUUCCACACCUUCCCAACAUGCCCCAGUUAUUUCCAAGUGAUGGUAAAGUGGUCGAAAUUCUUGAUGGUUCUAUGGAAAGAUUUAGAGAUAAACUGGUUCUAAAUGGAGUCUCUGCAGUGCUGUUUUAUGCCCCUUGGUGUGGCCAGUCUUUAUAUGCUGCUCAUGAGUUCAACACAGCAGCAAAAAUGCUCCAUACAGAGGUAGUAGACAAUUUCAAGAAAUCAGUAAUUAAAUUAGUUAAUGAGUAAUACAAGUAAUACAAGAUGAAAUUUGAUUGGACCUUUUUUACUGAAUGUAUUUGUACAUGAUUGUCGGUGUGUCUUGCCAGUUUGUUUCAUGUAGUCAUUGAAUAAUAAUAUAAAAUUAUAAAAGUAAAUGAUAAUUGUCAUAAAAAAUUAUCCCAGAAUCCUUUGAGGCAAUUUCUUUUAAAGCUUUAUAUCUUUGACAAUUUUAUAUGUAGAAGGCUGACAGACCACAACAAGAUAACAUUUGCCAUAAAAUAUCUUCUCAUGUCCUAUCUAGGGAGAUUACAUCAUCAGUCACAUGACUAUUGCUGAAUUAGGGUUUAUUGUUGCUGUGACAAGAUUUCAUUGGUGGGUUAAAAUAUAAUCGCAUAUUUGACAUUUUGGUUGUUUGGAGCAUUUAAAAAUAACCAGUUGACGUCCGGCAUUUAAAGUUAAGGGGGUAAUGAACAUGAGUGAAAAAGUCACGAGACUAGGCCAAGGGCUGUAUGUCAUGUCUGUAUGUCAUGUCUCUUGUAUGUCAAGCCUGGCACAAAUCAGUCGGGUUAAACAUGUUCUUGACCGUAACCAACUGGUGACAGUAAUAAAUGCCCUAGUCUUUAGCAAAUUACUGUACUGUUCCACAGUGUGGUCGAACACCUCGAACAAAAAUAUCUGUAGACUACAGUCAGUGCAGAUCUUUGCCACGCGCAUUAUUACAGGUACCAGGAAAUUUGAUCAUAUAACCCCCGCACUAAGAGAUCUACGUUGGUUUCCAAUUAAACAAAAGCUGUUCUUCCGCGACGCUCUCAUGGCAUUUAAAUGCAUGACUGGUCAAGCUCCACAUUACCUCAGCGAUCAAUUUACAACAAGAAUUGCGGUCACCGGGCGCGUGACUCGAAGUUGCCAAUUAUUAAACAUCCCCUUGUAUAAGUCGAGCACCGGACCGAUAACAUUCCACUACCGCAUGGUGCACAUUUGGAACAAUCUAGACAGUACUCUUAAAACUGCAAAAUCGAUUUCUACUUUUAAAUUUUGUCUGACAAAUAAGUUGAUUACUGACUUUUUAAAUAGCACGUUAUGAUAGUAUUUUAGUAUCUUACUAGUAUCUUAUUUUAUUUUAACUUAAAAUAUGCAUAUUGUAUUGUAUAGUACGUAGUGAGAAUAUUUAUUAUACGAUUAAUUCUUAAAUACGUAUGUUUAUAUUGCUUUGUUCACCGCAUUCUUUCCUUUUAAUCAAAUUGUUAACUACUUCUCUUAUCUUAAUUAGUUUUUUUUUUUGUUUUAGUCGCAUUGUCACUGAAAAGCCCCACCAGGGGAGUGUCAAUAAACUAUUGUAUUGUAUUGUAUUGUAUUGGCUGUAGAGAGUCAACCUUUCAUCACAGGGCAGAGAAUAAUGUUCUACCUGAUAAUUAAUUUUUUUCAUGACCAAAAGAGGGACAUGACAUCAUAAGUCACGUGAUCAAAGUGUUUUGAAUGUUUUAGGAGUCCUACUUUUGAGACUUUUGUGAAAUCUUAUUUAAACUCAAUUGUUUGUUUGCCGAAAUAAAUGUUCAACGUUUGUUAAUAAAGGGGAACUUUCAAAGCUAAAAGGAUGUAUUUGGCAGCCAUGUUGUUUGUCUUCAUUCCGAGGAGAGAGAUCAUGUAGCAGCUCUUCUAACCCUAAAAGUGAAGUGGUUUGCUACCCUAACCUAAAACAAUGGAAAUAAUGAUAAACAAUGUUGUGUUAAUGUUUUCCCCAACCGAUGAAAAGACACCUUACGAGCAGCGAGAGAAUCGUACGGUCAUGCUGUUCAGUCGGUAGCCCUGCGAUCGAUAGUUUGUAACUUUCUUAAAUGUUUCCCGGCAUGGACCUAGCGUUAAAGAGUAUUAAUGGGUUUAUUGUCAGCUUUAUGUUUGGCUUCAAUCAGUUAAAGAUUUAAUAUUCUACAUGGAAACCAAAAGAGUCAUCUUGAAAACUGUUGAUCACCAUGGAGAAGGAACAUAUACCCCUUUUAAACUGGAAUCGUCAGCGCUUAACAAGGAAGUCCAGUGGAUAGAGGCGUUAGUUUUUAGUUCUAACUGAUUCAGAGGGUGCGGGUUUGAAUCCCCUUGAAGCAAAUUUUUCGUAACCUUUUUUUUUUUUAUUUUCCUUUUUUACUCUCUUUUUUACUUGUGUGGUGCAUAUAGCUAGUAACAUAAUGUGGUAAAUUGACAGCAAGGUUUGCAGGAAUAUAAGAAAUGCUGUAUGUAUCACAGCAUCUCUAUCGGUAUUUUUAGUAAUACUGGACACCGUUAUCAUUACCCAGGUCAAUCGUUAAAUUUCACAUGUGCCUAAUUUAAUUCGAGAGUGAACUUCUUUGAGAUGUGAUGUCUGAAUCAACUAAAUUUGACAGUUUGAAAUUAAAUACGACUUUGCCGAAUCUGCAACUGAAACAGUCAAAAAUUCAACUUAGGUUCAACAUUUGAUUUUGAAGUCGCAUUUCACAUGUGCCGAAUAUAAUGGAUGAAUUAUAGAAAUCCUUAUCCAUUUUGGAUAACAAUUUUUUCAAGAGACUGGGAAUAUUUACAACAAAUGAAGUUAAAUUCGGCAUCAUUAUAUCCGACUUCUGAAUCAACUGCCAUAUUUAAUUAUUUUCAUGUCUACUAAAAAUUAAUACAGUCGACUCCUGAUAAUUUGAACCUUCAAGGGAAAUAGAAAGAGAAGUUUGAGUUAUCGGGAGUUCGAGUUAUCGAGGGUCCAAUUAUAUAGAAAAUUAUCUGAAGGGAAAUGAAAAUUGGUUUGAGAUAUAGCGGGAGGUUCGAGUUAUAGAGGGUUCGAGUUACCGGGAGUUGACUACAGGUGUUAAAUUCCACAUUCGAAAGCCUAGCAACACAUAGCUUAGUGGUUUGCACGCUGUUUUAAGUUGUUUUUUUCUUUUCAGUACGAGCAAUUCCUAUCUCUUUCUAAACCCAUUUUAUUGAUUGGCUUGUGCCAAGACUUAAGAAUCAGCUGAUCUUACUUUCUGUUUGACAUGAUUUGUAUGUCACUGGACAAGAUUUGUAUAUUAAAAAGAGGAAUCAGUUUUCAUCCACUCAUUUCAAUAAAAGGAAAUGGCAUCACUUCUCACUAUAAUGGACAACCUUGAACCUUAACUUUGUUGUAUAAAUUUGCGGCACCAAAGAAAGACGAAAAAGGUAACCUGUUUUGAUCAAAUUAUUUUAAGGUUGAAAAUUUUUUUUGAAAUCAGAGAGGUGUUUGAGUCCUUAAUUCCUAAUUGUAUAACAAGUUAUCCACCAACCUCGGACACUCUCUUUUUGUAUCAUUUGUUUUAGGAUUGUUUUAUGAACCACUAUUUUAUAAUUCCCUGGGUAUAAUAUACACUUAACGUCAGAUCCUGAGGGAACCAGUUAGUUUUGUUUUCCCUCGAGUCCUGAUGUUUCCUGAGAUGGAGUUGAGGGAAACAUCAGGACUCCAGGGAAAACAAAACUAACUGGUUCCCAACGAACCUGACGUUAAGUGUUUUGUUAUAUUUCUAGACUUUCACUUCAACAUACUUCAACAGCAACAAAAGAAUACCCUUUAGCAGAGCGAAUCAAAACAGUCGACUUGGUAGUUAUAAGAAUACAAUUUAAUUCUCAAAACCACUGAAUGAAUGAUUUACAAAGUACUUUCCUUAUAUUCUCUACAUCUCGUAGAUGAUUGUCACUGGUAAGAAAAGUUUGGGAAAAACAAAAUAUUUUAUCAUUAAAUUUCGGGGACAAACAGCAGAUUGCUUUUGCUAGAAACACAGUCAAACCUGUAUAAGAUGGCUCGGUAUAAAGCGGUCACCAGGUGUAUUGUGGUCACCGGACAACUUCCCCCAAAUUUUCAAUCGCAUUAUAUUUUCUGCAAAGUUGACCUGUAUAUAUCGGUCACCCUAUAUAUAACAGACACCUUGCCAUUUCCCAAGGGUGACCAUUGUACGCAGGUUUGACUGUAUCAUUUAUAUAGUCGUAACUGUUGAACAGUAGGAUGCCUAAAAUGUGAUUGUGCAAUUCCACAAUUGGUUUAGGCUCCAUUUAAUCCUAUACCAAUAAUUGUAGAAAAUUUUGGGAGGAGCCAUGCACAAGCAGUUGAAGAGCAAUGCUCCUCUACUCUCCAAGAUCACGAGGCAUAUUUACAAUCAUUUGUUAAUUCCAGCUAGCUGGAAAGCGAUCUGAAAGUAAGAAAAUGUAGUGUUACAGUAUUCAGGUAAUUAUUAUUAUUAUACUCAAAGAUGGUAACAGGCCAUUACUUGCCAUUAUAUGACUGACAGUUUACUAUAUUACUGUCAACAAUAGAUGAGUCACAAUUUCGUAUCACAUUUCAAUAAGGCGUAUUAAUAUUAUUUUCCAUACAUCUCACAUACCAUGUUCAAGAUUAUCAUGUUACUGCAGAGCAAAUGCUAUGGCUGAAAAUUUAAAUUAAAUACAGUGUUGUUCAUAAUCAAUUAUGUUGUUUCUUGUUUAUUUUUGCUGAAACACUGUUUGCAAUGGCAUAUAUGUACAUCCUGUAUCACUGCACUGUAUGGAUCUUCCAUCAGUAAUUUCUUUCAUUAUAAAAUUUACAGCACAAAGUUCUUGAGUAGUUCUAGUGGGCUUGGUAGCAAGCAGUCUUCUUGAUGUGUUUUUCAUUUGUGGUUCGUAAAUUAGAUUCAGCUGUGCAAAAGCUGAUGAAAAGAGGGCAGAGUAAGUGGAGGGUGUGAAGGGAAGAAGUCAGAAAACCUUAGUUCAGCUUUUGCAUGGCUGUAUAUAUCUUACUUUACAAACUAUGAACGAAAAACACACCAAACACCAGUCUGCAUUUUUUAUAUUAUUGUUGAGGUUCAAAUGUUAUCUCCCUUUCUUUUAGAUUAUUUUAAUGUAUGUUAAUGAGUUUAAAACAAAGGGUAAUAAAUUUAAACUAAGAAUAAAAUUGAGCCACCACUUUAUACUAAAAAGGAGUAACAAAAAAAAAGCAUUGUAGCCUGUUUUGACAGGAACAUCCUUGGCAGCCGAAAUUUUUUUGGGUAUAUCAUUUCAAUUCAAAUAAGUAUUUCAUUUUAUCGCAUGAUAUCUCUUUUUUUCCCAAUUUAUCAUAAGUUCCCAUUUAUGAUGGUGUAUGCUACAGUGAAAAUAUGUACUUUGCAGGUCGUAUUUAUUGCCAUUAACUGCUGGGUGGGGACAUGCCUUCAAGAGCAAAAUAUUGAUGUGUUUCCAAAAUUAGUUGCCAUCCACACUCAGUUUAAUGGAGUGGAAUACAAAGGAUCAUUUAAAGCUGCAAAGAUGGUGAGUUUUAAAGACUAACCGGUUCUCACAAACAACAGGAAAAGAACAAUUGGCAGGCAUGAGAAAAACUAGUAAGAAAUAGCUCACUAAGUACAGGUAUAGUUUAACAAAUAAUAAUCCUAAAUAACUCAAGGGUUAUAUCUGUUAGUAGUUUAAUAGUAGCUAUAGCGUAAUAAUAAUGAUUAUAAUAGUAAUAAUAAUAAUAAUAAUAAUAACAUUAAUAAUUGGCGUAUGCUUUCCAUGAAUGCUGUUCAAUAUCAGCAUUAUUGAACACUCAAAUCACUGUGGCAGGAUUAAAAGGAGGAGAGAGUUUGUGUUUGCCACAACUCAUCAGGUAACCUAAUCCACGGCACUGAACGUUUAAGUUAAUUCCAACAUUGGAGUAUCCUGCGUAACUUCGCUCGCAUUUUGUACCUAUAUCAUGUGACGUUUACCAUUAAAAACAGUUGCAACUAUUAUGGCGGUAGAUAGAUAGAUAGCCUUUAUUUUAAAACGAUGAGUAUUAAAGCUACAUGAGCUUGUGGGGUCUUUUGAAUUAACUAAUUACAAGUAAGCUAAAAAAAAAUAAAAAAAUAAAAACUAGGGGUAUAUACAGACAAAUUGAACUAAAUUGGCGCUUACAAAUAUGAAAUUAUGAGCAUAAAUUUAAGUAUAUACAAAGUCAUCUUUUCUAAAAUUACAAGUGGAUGCAGACGUUAUCUUGAAGCUGAAUUAUUAAAAUUAGCUUGAGAUUUAAGCUUUAGCCUGAGAUCACGAUAAGGAAUGUUUUUUGUCAGGGCACUACAGUUGUUGGUCACUGUAUUCCACAGGACUGAGCCUCUAAACGAGACAGAGUCUUUCAUGUAACGCGUGUUGAAGCGUGGAACAAUUAAAGAAGCGCAAGUCCGGGUUGAAUAGUUUGUGGCCCGUUUCUUAGAAAUCAGGUCGAUUAAUGUGACAGGUAACCUAUCGUGGAAAGCUUUAUGAAGACAGAUAAAAAUAGCUAAUUUAUAAUAAAUAGACAGAGUCGGCCAUUGGGCCCGUUGUAGGACAUCAGCAGAUGCCAUGUCUUUCGGCAAAUGAAAGAUAAGUCUCGCAGCCCUGCAGUGAAGUCUUUCCAGGGGCUGAAAUAAGUCAGAAUUGCAGCAAGAUCCCCAUAGUAUAAGACCAUAGGUCACUGAAGGCAAGAUGACCUUAAAAUAGAGAUCCUGACGAACGUUCCUAGGGAGAAAUCUGGACUUCUUAAGUAAUCCUAGUUUAUUAGCAAAUGAUUUUUUGAGUUCCAGCAUAUGCUGAGUCCAGGUCAGUUUCUCAUCAACGGUCAUUCCCAGUAAUCGUGAUUUCGAUACCCAUUCAAUCGUAGAGUUUCCGAUAAAGAUCGGGGGAAUGUUAACCGGGGGAUUUCUUCUAGAGAUUAGUAUGGCCUCACUUUUACUUGGGUGGGGUGUUAAUCUGUUAAUGAGGCACCACUCGUUUAAUUCACGAAGUGCAGAAUUUAACUUGGCAAUACUUUUUUCUGCCGUGUCACUUAUGCAGUAAACCGUUGUGUCGUCGGCAAACAUAUAGACGGAUCCGGAAGGUAGUGAGGACGGAAGAUCGUUCGUGAAGAGAGUGAAAAGAGUCGGCCCCAAGACAGACCCUUGAGGAAUUCCAAAAGAGAUCGGUAUCAUCUCUGAAGUUGAUCCAUUGACAGCUGUGUAUUGCUGUCUUUCCUUUAAGUAACUUUUAAGCCAGUCCAGGAGUAGCCCUGAUAUGCCAAAGUCACUUUCCAACUUCGUUUCGAGAAUGGCGUGCGACACACUAUCGAAUGCCUUUUUAAAAUCUAUGAAGGCAACUUCUACCACUAAGCCUGCGUCCACAGCUUCUCUCCAUGUUUCAGUAAGUUGUAUUAGUAACAGUUCUGUUGAAAAUCCUGCGCGGUAUGCCCAUUGUUUGUCCGUGACUACAUUAUUAGCUUUGUAUACAUGACGAACAAUUGUGUCGUUGACUACUGAUUCAAGGAUCUUGCUUGGUACGCUUAGCAAUGAUAUCGGUCUAUAAUUGCAGCAGUCGGUUUCAUCGUCCUUUUUAUAUACUGGAGUAAGCCUCGCAGUUUUCCAGCUAGUGAACACCCUACCAGUGGUAAUGGAGAGUCGGAAUAGGCUGAGGAGUGACGGGACAAUCGCAUCGCCUGCUAGCUUUAAAAGCUUUGGAGGUAUGUUAUCAGGACCCGUGGAUUUUCUUGUUUUUAGCGCCUUUAUUUUGUCCGCUACUAAAGACUUUGAAACAGGCAUCUUUGAGUCGAGGAGUAUCCGUCUCGCCCUUGUCUGUGCAAGUUAUCCCGUGUCCACAACUUGUAGGCGGGGGUAAAGUGUUGGAUAGCUUUAGGCCAAUCGUAGCAAAAUAAGAGUUCAUCAGGUUUGCUUUUCCCGAGUCCGUAAAUUCCAGGGUGCUGUCAUCCUUUUUAAGAGGCCCGAUGUUUUUGCGGACGUUGGGGUUGGUAGCUCUUUUAAGAAGAUUCCAGUAUGCACUCGAGGACUUGACUUCAUUAAAAAUGGUGGAAAAAAAAGAUGAUUUAGCUUUUCUUAGAUCAGACGUAACUUCGUUCCUGACUCGUUUGAGACCACUGCUCUGGACAUUUACUAGAAAUUGCCGCUUUAAACAGUUUAUACCGUCGGUUCAUUUUGUGACGAAUUUCGCAAGUUAUCCAUGGGGAGGAAAAGCUUCUUGCCUUUAUCUCCGUCCACGGAGCAUGCUCAUUGGAAAUAUCGUCGAAGAGUCGUUCCCAAACUCAUAGCUGGUCGUCAGGCUCUUCGAAGAUGGAUGCGAUGUGAAAUGGAGGACGUUCAAGAUCAUGUUUAAAUUUCUCUACGUCCAUUCUUUUGUAAUUUCUUGUUUUGAUGAUUUUUGGCGAUGGUCUUUUGUUCUUGAGCCGAAUGGUUGCAUAAAUUAAAUCAUGAUCUGAUAGCCCCAGUGGGAAUACUCCAGAAGAGCUGAUGAGAUCUCUUUUUGUUGUGACAAAGAGAUCGAUGAAAUUGUUGAUCUUGUGGCCUCCUGAAUCAUAUUAUGCAUAUUAAACGACUCAAAGAUAGAAUGCAGUUUGAUUGUGUUUCGGUGCAGGAUGUUAUCUGGAUCGCCUUGAAAAGAAAAGUCACAGUUAAAGUCGCCGAGUAGAAAAAUAUUUUCAGAUCUCAGCCAGGCUUUUUCAAGUGGCGUGUUGAUGCGUUCGAAGAAAAGGUUGUCGUCAGGUGGUCUGUAAAUGACAGAAAAUAGGGCCAGGGUGCUAGAAGUUUUGACUUGUAGCCAAAUCGCUUCAAGACCCUCAAUAAACAAAUCUUUGCGAUGAAUAGCAUGUAAAUGUUCUGCAAAAUACAAAACGCAACCUCCUCCUUUGCGUCCUUUGCAGUCGAGUCGUAAUAGCUUCAUCCCGUCAAUGUUCAAGGCAGUGUCUAACACAGUUUCGUCGAGGUGAGUUUCAGUUAUUGCCAGCACCUCAAAUUUGCAUAAUAACUGCAAGCAUCUUAAUUCGUCGAUUUUAUUUCUUAAAGGGGCUGUGUCACGGCAAUCAAGUUCAUUUUGUUUAAUUUUGCGAAUUACUCGCCCUCAAUCGCUAUGGAACUUAACGUAAGCAAAGAAAUUACAUGUAAAUGACAAAAUCAGAGAUCCGAAACUAACAAAUAUGUCCCCAAACAAAUAUUUUUGAAGCUGCAAGCAGCAGGGAUCAACUUUGAAAAACUGUUAGGCUGAACAGUUUUCAAAAAUCCUAAUUUCAAUCCGUUUCAAUCUUCUUCAGUUUUGCCCAUCCGUGGCAUCUGUUGUUUCUGUUAUGUUAUUUUAACCUUCCUUUAAAGUUUUAAGCGGUUAGUUUUAUGUUUCUCUUAAUUUAACGGGUAUUUUGUAAUUUCCCUAACUUGGCUGAAUUUCGUGACAGCUCUUUGAAGCUGCAGAUGUUCAAAUGUGCUACCUUUAGAUCUUUAGCUGAGCAUUUAGACAGUUGAUGGACUAGGUCAGUGAAAGGACUUUCGCAUUCGUCAUCUUUGGGAAGUACGUCAGAAAGCUGCGGUGUACGAGUCCCGAUCACUGAAGAAAACGAGUCGUCUGACGAGUCGUCUGGUGGUGUGAGUAUAGUGGUUUGCCGGCAUUUUGCUCGUGUUUGAAGACGAGGAAGGACGAGUAAAAUUUGUCUCAUGAAUAAAAUGCGUGUCGAUGUCCAUUUGACAGUUUGGUAAGCCCAUUGUUCUUUGAACAAAAAAACCUGCCACCUUUUAAGUCAAACGGGCCAUUUUAUAGCCUGAAUUUCAUCCGAUUACUUCGAGUCGUUAUUACUCCCUAAGUUGUUGAGAGGAGAAAACGACUCAGAGCAAUCGGAUGAAUUUCAGGCUAAGGAACUGGCACCACAAGCAACCCGAGAGAAAUUCGGGUCUCAACCUUCAGAAAAUCACUUAGAACAAACUGGUUCAAGAUUCCAGACAGCCCCUUAGAAACUGGCCAAGUGUGGCAAGAAGGCUCAAGGACUUCAAAGAAGAAACAGAAUACAUAUUUUGAAAUUAAAGUGCGUGAAAGACAAAGCAAGCGCGCUCAAAAUCUACGGCAGGUACGAAAUCAAGAAACUCCCCCGAAACCUUCCAGAUACCGCUCCUGUGGAAGACGACAACAACUACAAGAAAUUGAUCCGGCAACUCAACAACCACUUCUUAUCGAAGGAAGACAAACAGCAUGCGUCAUCAUUUUCCUCCAACACUCAUAGCCUCCUUCCAUCUGGAAGUUCUGUUCUCACUCUUUUUAACAUUAUCCCUCUUCAUGACCAUAUUUAUUGAAACCAAAGUCCUUUCCAACAUUAUUGCUAAAUAUUUUCUUUUCUCAAUUUCUCUUUCAUCCCUUCCAUACAACUACACAUCAUCCAUAAACAAUAAAGUGAUUAAUUUUGCCCUCUUCCUCGCUGAGUUUGAGAGACAUGUGAGAGGGGACAUCGCGAUUUUAAACUGUAGUGGAGAAAGAGAAUCUCCCCGGAAAAUUCCUCUCUUGAUUGCUACUUCACCAAUUGUAUCAUUGUGUGCUGUCAGGAGUUUUCCACAUCUUUAUUCUCUCGUUAAGAAUCAACUUGAUGUUUUCAGCAGCCCCAACAUUGCUAGUCUCUCCAUUAUCCACUAAUUUAGGGACUAAGUCAUAUGCCUUUUUAUAAUGUAGCCAAGCCAUAGCAAGAUUAGUUGGUCUUUUCUUCCAGGAUUGUAUUACUGCUUUGUCUAUCAUUAGUUGGUCCUUGGUUCCCCUGCUGUUCUUACGACAUUCCUCUUGUUCAGUUGGGAAUAAAUCCCUUUGCUCUAAGUGGUCAUUGAGUUCUUCAAGGCUUCAGACGCGUUCUUCCUAGAAAAGCGUGUGGUCAACGCUCCUUUCAUACGUCGUUCUCGAGCGAGCCGAUACUUCUCUGGUAGAGUUCAGUACAGCACAAACGGCGCGAGUACCUUCCAAAUACAACGGGACCUACUCGUCUGCGGCGAUAUAUCGUCAAACCCUGGCCCUGCGAAAGGCAAAGAUAAGCCCAAGUUUCCAUGCGGCGAGUGUAGUGAGCCAGUGAGAAAGAACCAAGACGCCAUUUUGUGCUCGUCUUGUGAUACUCGGUCCCACGCAGAAUGUCUCAAAUUAACCGUUACCGGGUUCAAAUACUACCUACAACAUCCCGACUUGGAAUGGACAUGUGCUUUCUGCUCUCUGCCUAAACUAUCGGACUCUUUCUUUGACGAAACUGGCUCAUCUACUUUGAACGAGAGCAACUGUGAAGACGAGGAGCGCGACGUCGAAUCGGUCGAUACCGAUGAAGUCCUAGCCAAGAUAAAAGACAUUAGAAUUGAGCACAGAAAAGAAUGUGUUAUUGCCUGCCUCAAUAUUAAUAGCCUGCAAAACAAGUUCGAUGAGGUUCGACUAAGGCUAGCUACUAAUGCAUUCGACAUUUUGACAAUACAAGAGACUAAAAUCGACUCAACUUUUCCGAGCUCACAAUUUCAUGUCGAUGGUUUUAACUUUUAUCGUCGCGACAGAGUCAAAGGCGGCGGUGGCAUUGCAGUAUACAUCAGAGACAAUAUAGCUGCUUCACGGAAGAAAUUGAGAGGAAAAUGUGUCGAAUCAAUGUUGUUUGACAUGAAAAUCGGACAACGGCAGUUUGCAUAUAUUACUGCCUAUAAGCCUCCAUCUGUUGACAACAACACAUUCAAACGCGAACUCUGCGAUCUUCUGGAUGAAGCAAACAGCCUUUCUGAUAACGUGAUUUGUACCGGAGACUUAAAUUCGGACAUCCUCCACCCACUUGAUAAUCACAAAGAGGGUCAGUGUUUACUGGAUAUGUGUGACAUUUAAGACCUUGACAGCCUUAUUAAUGUUCCUACAAGGAUCAGUAAAAACAGGGAAUCCUGUCUCGACGUUAUUCUCACUAACGUCCCCGCGUUUGCCAAAGACUCGGGUGUCAUUCAUACGGGUCUAAGCGACCAUGAUGUCGUAUAUAUGGUUCUGAAAACCCGACACAUGCGAUCAAAGGCAGAAACCAUAACUAAACGAUCCUUUAAAACUUUUGAUAAGGAUUCAUUUCAAGCUGAUUUAUCAACAGUGCCUUUCUCUGUCUCAUACGUGUUUGAUGAUCCUGACGAUGUACACUGGUGUUGGCAUCAACUCCACGAUCAAGUUCUGGAUGCUCAUGCGCCCAAGAUAACAGUCAAGAAACGCCCGUCACCGGCUGGAGUAUUUAUAACAGAUGAAAUUCGGAAGACAAUGCGGGACCGAGAUAAACAGAAAAAGCGAUAUUACAGAUCCAGGAAUCUUCUCGAGUGGGAAAAAUAUCGUGUCUUAAGAAACAAAGUUGUCAGUAUGAGGAGAAAAGCUGUACAGGACCACUUCAAAACACUUUGUAAGGAGAAAUACGCAGAUCAAAGAAAAUUCUGGAACACAAUUAGACCGUAUAUUAAUUCACGUAAGAAAAAGAACAAUAGCCGUAUUGUUCUUAAGGAGAACGAUCAGAUAAUGCGGGAGCCACGUGAAGUUGCAGAAACUUUGAACGAUUUCUUUUCAAUCAUUGUUGGCACUGAUAAAACAACUGAAGGAUUUCACACAUUUUCCACACCACUCCGCCAGCGGCCAGAUCACCCUAAAUUAUACUAACCCCAUAGAAGUGAAGGAAAUCAUGUGUAACAUGAGAACAAAUAAAGCCAUUGGCCAUGAUCUUAUUCCCGCGAGGGCAGUGAAAGAUUCUGCUGAAGUGUUGUGUGAGCCGUACUGCACUCUCUUUAAUUAUAUUCUGGACAUUGGAAAAAUCCCUAAACAGUGGAAAAAGGGCGAAAUAACUCCAGUGUAUAAGAAAGACUGCAGCCUGUGCAAGGAUAAUUACAGACCUCUCACCAUUCUUCCAUCUUUGUCAAAAGUCUUUGAAACGCUCCUUCAUUCAAGGGUCAGUCCUCGGUUCAGAAAUAUUCUCCACAAUUUCGUGUUCGCUUAUAGAAAGCAUCACGGUUGUGAUACGGCCCUGCUCAGUGUUACGGAGGAAUGGCGAAAGGAGCUGGACGAUCGGAAAAUAAUUGGCCUUGUGUCUAUGGACUUGUCGAAGGCCUUCGACUCUCUACCACACGAUCUCAUUGUGAAGAAGUUCAAAGAAUAUGGUGCUGGCGAGAGAACUGCUAAUAUCAUUGAGGAUUAUUUCUCUGAUCGCCAACAACGAGUGAAAGUAGCUGGAGAAUAUUCGAGCUGAAAUUAUAUUUCCAGAGAGAUUGCCCAAGGAUCAAUCCUCGGGCCUUUGAUAUUUAAUAUUUUCAUCAACGAUCUCCUGUUCAUCGUGAAAAGAUGUAAACUCUCUAGCUACGCAGACGACACGCAAAUUUUCUUUGCUCAUAAUGACUAUAGAGAAGUUGAGAGUGCUAUAAACUCUGAUCUCGAGCUUGUUGAUAAAUGGUAUGAUGAGAACGGUCUGAAAAGGAACAAUUCUAAGUAUCAAGCUAUUGUGAUGGGAAAAUCUGACGCCACACUUGAUUUCAAGUGUGAAAAUCCCAGUAUCCCAGUGACUAAAGAAUUUGAGAUGCUUGGCAUAACGAUAGAUAACAAACUGAAGUUUGACAAUCAUGUUGCUAAAAUAUGUAGGAAAGUUUCACAGCAAAUAGCUGUUCUUAAAAGAAUGAAGAAAAUGCUUCCCUUCGAAACAAGGCGCGACCUAUAUUUAGCAUUUAUCCUUCCUCACUUCAAUUAUUGCAGUGAAACCUGGAAUUUUUGUAGUAAAAGUGCUGCAGACAAAUUGGAAAGGUUAAAUGAGCGCGCGAUCAGGUUUGUUUUCAGGGAUAAGUACACAAGCUACUCGGAACUUCUCAACGCAUUAGGCCUCUCAUCUUUAAAACAACAAAGAUUAAUUAAAAUCACACCGUCUAUUUUUAAUGCCGUCCACAAUUCUUUAGCGCCCAAAAGUAUACGGGACCUGAUAGUUCAUAGGAAGAACGUUAGCUACAAUUUAAGAGGUGACUAUAUCCUCUCGCUACCCAAGCCAAAGUCUACUACAUAUGGCUUGAACUCAGUCUUGAACUCUGGAAUUCAAUUCCGAACAUGUUUAGAAAUAUAACGAAUUUUAAGUCUUUUAAGAGAUCCAUUAGCUAAGUUGACCUAGUGCAAUUUUUAUAAUUUCGAGCUUUUUUAUUGAAUUUAGUAUUUAUUUAGAUAUAAGAUAUACUUAUUAAGAUUUUAUUGUUAUAAUUUUAAUUAUAGAAUAUUCCAUAUCUAGUUUUUUAACUCUUAAUUUUAUUGUGUUUGUGGAAUACCUGUAAAUUAGCUGGCGUACUUUCACAGAGCCCGAUUUCGGUUCCGUCUGUGAAAGCACACCAUUAUUGUAGCUAAUUGUAUUUUCACAAUAAACUCUUAUUGUAUGGUAUUGUAUUGUAUUCUGCUUAUCCCAGUGAGCAACGUCCACAUUAGGGGUAAGCAUGUUAGUGCGUGAUAGUUCCCUUCUAAAUUUCCCUUAUCCGGUUCUUUGAUACCAUCCACUCGGGCACCAGCACCUCAUUAAGACAGUCCUGCGAUUGACUACCGUAUUUAUUCGAAUCAGUGCCCAACCUUGAUUUAGCGCCCACCUCAAAUAAACGCUCAUCCUAAAGGCAGAAAACGUUGAUAAGUGCCCGGCCUCGAAUAAGCGCCCACACCCACCCCACCACCGUCCCACUCCCACUCAAACAUAAAUAAGUGUCCACCCCCACCCCACCUCCUUCCCUCCUCCCACCUCCAUAAAAUUAAAUAAAUACUAAUACGAGACUUCCCCGAAGACGGAGUUUUCUACAGUGUAUUUUAAAGAAACCUUGCUUUGCUACAUCUUCGCGUUUUGUUAAUACCAUUUAUUGUUUUGUCGCAAAAUAAAAAUAGUACACUUGCUGAAAAUGUUGAAACUAGCAACUUCCUCAGUGAUCUAGAGUUCUUCUUUAACCCUUUUCUUUGACACACCUUUCAACGAAGGUAAUUUCUCUCGCUUGUCUGCACCCAUUCUUAAUUCACAUAACCUGUCCCAAAUCACCAUUGGCUCGGUGGUAAGUUCUUAACUGGGUUUCAGUGUUUGUUGUUGUGCAUCUAGCUCUUGUGGUGUUUCUAGUUGUUUCGAUGAUGGCGGUAGUGGUUGGGUAUCAUCGUCACAUCAUACCCAUUAUCACUCCUAGCUUCUCCACCCUCUAGCAAAUUCGUUUCUUGCAUAUCAGUCAUUCUUUUAAUUUCCUCAAGUUCAAUGGUUGUGAGCCAGCCACUUCUGAGGACGACUCUUACUUGGUCUGCAAGCCUUUUUUCAACAUUCAACAUUUCAACAUUUCAAACAUUCCUUUCUCCUUCCAGAUCCUCAUAAUUCUUUGUCUAUAUCCUCUUUUUUGGGGGACACUCCUCAUGUAACACUCCGUCAAUGUUCUGUUCUCCUCCAUCGACCACUUGCACCUUGUCUUCUAGGCCUAUUGCCUUCCAUAGCAGUUGCUGGAUAAGGAGCCGAACGAAGAACGCACACUUGAUUUAGCGUUCGUCCCAUGAAUUUUGUUCCCUGAUAUAAUUCAUUAGCAUGUCAUCAUUUCCAUGAGAAUGUGAAUUUAGAGAUUCUAUCUCCUAGAUACCGUAAAAUUCCAUGUAUAAACCCCUUCAAAUAUAGCGCCGACAAAAUCUUGUUUACUUGAUCCUGUUCCCACUAAUAUCUUGAAAGAUUGCCUUGAUGAGUUACUUCCGAUAUUAUCUACUACAAUAAACAUGUCGCUUGAAUCAGGAUUUUUCCCUGACACUUGGAAAGAGUCGAUUGUUACACCACUGCUAAAAAACAAGGUCUUGACUUGGUUUUUAAAAACUUUCGACCGAUCAGCAAUCUUUCCUUUGUUUCAAAAUUGGCUGAAAGCGUGGCAGCUGAUCAGAUUCAGUCCUACUUAAAUGAGCAUGAUCUUUUUCCUUCAUUGCAAUCAGCCUAUCGACGGCACCAUAGCACAGAAACUGCCCUGUUUAAAGUCAAGAAUGACAUUCUGAUGAACAUGGAAAAUCAGAAGGUCACGUUGUUAGUGCUUCUUGAUUUAAGCGCUGCGUUUGAUACCGUGGACCAUCGGAUUCUCUUAGAUCGCCUCCAGUUUGAUUUUGGAAUUUCAGGCUCUGCACUUAAUUGGAUUGAAUCGUACCUUUCUAACAGAACCCAACGCAUCUAUAUAGACGGAGUUCUAUCGAGUAAUUUUAAUCUUAAAUUUGGAGUUCCACAAGGCAGCUGUCUCGGGCCAUUAUUGUUUUCUCUCUAUGCUGGCAAACGUUUUAAGAUCGUCGAAUCACAUCUUCCUAAUUCCCAUUGUUAUGCAGAUGACACGCAACUGUAUAUCGCGUUUAGAUCAGGAAAUGAUUUGGAGGAGACCGCUGCUAUAACUGCCAUGGAAUCAUGUAUUGCUGAUAUCAGUCAAUGGAUGCAUUCGGAUAAGUUAAAACUGAAUUCCGAUAAGACAGAAUGUCUUCUGAUUGGAACACGACAACAACUUCAGAAAGUCAGUAACAUUAGUACCUUAUCUGUUGGGGACUCCCAAAUUGCUCCAUCUUGUGAAGUUCGAAACCUAGGAACCUGGUUUGAUUCUAAAAUGAGUAUGCUAAGUCAUAUCAACAAAACUUGCUCAUCCGCUUUCUAUUAUCUUUAUAACAUGCGUAGAAUUAGGAAAUAUUUAAGCCGUUCAGUCACCGAAUCAUUAGUUCCUGCUUUUAGAAUAGAUUAUUGUAACAGUCUACUAUAUGGCCUCCCGAAUUCACAUAUCAUGAAACUCCAACGGAUACAGAAUGCCGCGGCUCGGUUGGUCACCGGAACACCUAGAUUCUGCCAUGUUACACCACUGCUUUUCCACCUUCAUUGGCUUCCAAUAAGUUACCGUAUAAAGUGUAAGAUUCUACUUUUGACAUUUAAGUGCUUAUAUGGUCAAGCUCCUAAUUAUCUAAUUGAUUUCAUUACCAUCAAAAAGCAAUCCAGGUACUCUCUAAGGUCAAAUGAGUCUGUAUUCCUCGAGUUACCAGGCAUUAAGACCCAUCCAACUCUUGGCGAUCGUGCAUUCCAGUCAGCUGCACCUUAUCUCUGGAAUGCAUUACCUUCGGCAACUCGCAACAUGAAGACAUUGGACACUUUUAAGACUGCUGUUAAAACUCAUUUUUUCAACUUAGCUUUUAAAUAGAUUUAAUUGCUGGCUUUUAUAAUAGGGUUUUUAUUAUUAUUAUUAUUAUUACUUUUUUAUUUACAGUUUUUAAUACUUAUUGUAGUUUUUAAUAGUUUCUCAUGCUUUAGUCACCUUUAACAUAAAUUUAAUAUAACAAUAUUGUAAAGCGCAACCGAAUAUAUUCAUAUAGAGGUUUGCGCUAUAUAAAUUUAAAUUAUUAUUAUUAUUAUUAUUGUCCUCAUUGCUCCUUUUGCCUUAAUCCAGAAUGACUCCUUCAUAAUAUCGCUGGUUGUCAGCAUUAACAUGAUCAGUUCACCUGGAGACAUGACUCAAUCCUUAACUUCAUUGCCAAGUCACUUCAACCCGCCACUGUUCACUUGUCAAUCUAUGCCGAUGUUAAUGGUUUCCUUAAUCCUUCAAUAAUAACUGGUGAAAAUGAUCGUCCAGAUCUUCUUUUCCUAAUUCAGUCCAACUGCCUAUAUGUUCUAGAAUUAUCAGUUUGUUUCGAGUCUAACCUUAAUAACAAUGCAGUGCGUAAAAAAGAAAAAUACCUGAACUUGAUCAAAGAAAUUACAGAUGUGUAAAAUUUGUAAUCCUGUCCAUGAGCUUCCUUGGCGUUUUCUCCGACGAAUGCUCAACGUUCUUAGACAUAAUGAAAGACAUUGGCAUUGACAAAAAGCAGCAACAUUACAUGUAUAUAAUAAAAAAAAUGAUAAAUAUAGCCAUUAGAGCAACAUGUUACAGCUUUUUCUGUAGAAAUAGGAAUUAAGAAAGCCCAGACUUGAUGAAAUUUUGAUAUUUGAAAAGUUCAAUCUUGAGCAGCCAAUUAUACAUUGCCUAUGUGUAUAGUGAGAUUUACAAUUUUACAUUUAAAAAGACAAAGAAAGUCUCCAUUAUUAUUAUUAUUAGUAGUAGUAGUAGUAGUAGUAGUAGUGGUAGUGGUAGUGGUAGUGGUAGUGGUAGUGGUAGUGGUAGGGGUAGUAGUAAUACUAGUAGUAGUAGUACUAGAAGUAGUACUAGCAGUAGUACUAGUAGUAGUAGUACUAGUAGUAGUACUAGUAGUAUCAUAACUAGUAUUAUUAUUUUUGGCAGGUUGAAUUUCUUCAGGCUAUCAUAAGACCAUUCAUGUACAUUGGAACAGUUUCGGAGUUGAAUUUGGCGAAGAAGUCCAACCAGGUGAUGAAGAAAAAAUCUAACUAGCUAUUAAACUUCAUAAUUGAAGAUAUGACUAGUUGGGUUAUAAGGUUUAAGAUCAGCUUAGUUCUAACUUGCUACUUUUUACAAGGCGUUAUUAGAAAACCUAACUUUACGCUUACCGGACGUUUCGUACCCAGUCGAUUUGUACCCAAAGUUGAGAUGAUUCGUACCCAAAGCUAAGGUGAUUCGUACCCAAAGCUUAGAUAAUUCGUACCCAUGCAAUAAUCAAGUCUUUGUGUUUUAAAUAGUGUGUUUUCAUAGUUUAAGUUAAGGCUUUUACUAAAACAAGGGAUCGACACCGCACAACUAAAAACCUGUUAAUGCGUGUUAAUGGCAGAAGUCUCACCUUCUGGCAAAUUCAGGAGUUUCUAAAAGACGGAAGAACGAUAUUUUUUGAGGACUGACUUUUUGCUAUAUGUCAAAAAAGUAGCGACGUUACACAAAUAACCUUGUUAUUUAGGGGUGAUGAAUGGUCCAUUAAAAUUUUUAACUGCUCGCAAAAUUUUACCUUUGCUCGACUUGCUCGCAAAAUUUAAACGAGUGCUCGCUUGCUCGUGCUCCCCAAAUUUUUGCAGUUGCUCCCCUGCUCGCUUUCUUGUCAGUAUUGCUCGAAAUGUUGUAAAUCCUUCCUUGGGUUAAAUAAAUGUAAUUCUGUAUGGUGCUUAAUUCCUAUUCCUAUUUUGCUCGCAAAAUUUAAACGAGUGCUCGCUUGCUCGUGCUCCCCAAAUUUUUGCAGUUACUCGCAUGCUCGCUUUCUUGUCAGUAUUGCUCGAAAUGUUGUAAAUCCUUCUUUGAGUUAAAUAAAUGUAAUUCUGUAUGGUGCUUAAUUCCUAUUCCUAUUUUACUCGCAAAAUUUAAACGAGUGCUCGCUUGCUUGUGCUCCCGAAAUUCUUGCAGUUGCUCGCAUGCAUGCUCGCUUUCUUGUCAGUAUUGCUCGAAAUGUUGUAAAUCCUUCUUUGGGUUAAAGUAAAUGUAAUUCUGUAUGGUGCUUAAUUCCUAUAAAUAUGGCUAUCAAGUUCAGUGGAAAUGCACUCGAUAAAUGACAACAAUAAAUAAUAAAUCAGCUAAUCUAGCUAUAUAUGGUUAAAAAUAGAAGAUUUUUGUUACCUUGAGUUUCUCUGAGUUUCUCUACCGCUCUACUCACUGGGCUUUAAUUUGUCCGUGUUUUCAAUAAAAACGGUUUGGAAGCUUUAGGAUUCUUCCAGAAGAGGUUGUUCUGACACGAGGAUCUUGUUCCUCUUCAAGUUCUUUUUCAUCCACAUCAGUCAUGUGCCUUUCUUCAACCCCCCUGUACGCUCGAGACAUUCUUCGUAGAGCUCUUGGUUUAAAUCGAUCUGAAAAUCUUCGUCUGUGAACUGCACCUUCCAAACGGUUCCAAUCACAAGAUGUUUCUCUGCCUGAGCGGUGAACUCGUAAUUGAAUAUUAGACAAUCUUCUGGAUCGCUUGCGUACAGGUGUGUUUUUACUGUAGACGAAGUUCUCUUAAGGUUUUGUGCAAGCCUAAAAUAAAGGGUCCACUCAUCCCUUUGAACUUAGCGAUGAGUAUCACAUCGUCUUUGUUCGCAACAAGUGCAAUACUCUCCUCUCUCUCAACAUUUUCUUCAUUCAUGUCAGCUGUUACGCUUUCUUCUUCCAACCUUUCAGUGAGGUCCUCCAAACUCGCUGGAUUGUUUGGAAGCUUCCGUCGGCCAUAGGCGCUGAUAGGCAAAGCGCCUGGAUUUGGAUUUGAUUUCGCUCUGACGCUCCGCUGUCGUGUGCUAUCGCCAUAAGUUCUAGCCCAUUGCCUAAUCUUUUCCACAUCUUUUUUGCAUCCUUUCCUCGCUACAGGGCUAGGAACCUUUGGAAUCGCUUUAAAGACAACCAUCCCAUAUGUAGAGCGUAACCUUCACGCUUGCUUUUGAAAGCACCUCGGCGAACUUUCUUCGAGUUACUUUCCAUUUCUCCGGCUAAAUGAGCAAACAAAUAACAAUGCUGAAACGGAGGCAUUUGUUCCAAGGAUAAUGCCCAACCAUCGCUGGGCCAUGUAACUCUCUUGGGAAGAUUAUCGCUGGUUUGUUGUGAUCGCAGCUGGCGCUCAAGUCGAAGUCUACGGAUCAUCUGGAUCGACGAUUUUUUUAUCCUGGCCAGAUAUUUGAUAAUCCUUUAUUCUAUUAAAGUCAAAGACACAGCUGGAGCCUGAGAAAAUCGCUUUAAUUCAUAAAAUACUGACAGAACUACAAACCUUGCUAGUAAUUCUCUUCGACUCCCACCCACACUAGCACCUCGACUCUUUAACCAACGUUUGAGUGGUUCAUGAUGAAAGAUUUGAGGAUCCUUAUUUUUCAAUGAUGCCCCUGGGACAUCGUCCUCAGUCAAAACAAUUUUCUUCUUGAAAUUUUCGAAAUUUUCCUUGUUUUCAUGACUUUUCGCAUUAGUUGCCGCCAUUUUUUUUAACUUUCGCGGUCUUUACUACUACAACCAUAAGGCACAGCGCGCAUGACGUCAUCAUUCAAAUGGGCUAUUGCAUUAAUUGCCUGUGAAUGGUUGCUACAAUUUAUCGUGCCUCUCACCAGCUAUCUUCAAAGGGUUGUCCUAAACCUGCUCCAAGCACACACGCAGGCCAAAGUGGUCAUCCAAUCACUUCGCAGUGAUCUUAAAGACGAGUCCUGGAAUAAGCUGUAUCAAAUGGCAGUAUCUGUUCCGGCAAAGCGUGAUGUCCCAGUUUGUAAACCUAGACUAGCUGGCCGAUAGUUGAAUCGAGAAAAUGUUUCAUCAGAUUCAGUAAGUGACUACUACAAACGAGCGAUGUAUUAUCCAUUCGUUGACCCUAUUGCUAUAGGAGCUUGAUUCGCGUAUUGUCAAACCAAGUCCACCAUUUGCUAUAACAAAUCUUUUGCCGAAAAAUGUAGGCAACUCGUCUCCAGCUAGGAUCAGUGUCAAAGACGUUUUGGGUGCGUGCAAUCCCGACAUCCCGGAAGAAAUUAGACAAUUACAGGCAAGUGCGGUGGAAAACACGUUGGGAUAGAGUGCACGAUCCUCUGGCCACAAUUGUUAAAAAACAUCCUCGCUGUCACCCGCAAGAGUUCCCAAAUUUAUCCAGGGCAUUUACAACACUUUUAACUCUACCAUUCACUACAGCAACUGCAGAGAAGUCUUUCAGUGCACUGAGAAGCCUUAAAACCUGCCUUAGGUCCAUGAUUAAAGAAGAUUGCUUGAGUUGACUCGCUCUUAUGCAUUUCCACAAGCAUGAUGUGUCAUUCAGUGCGGAAGAUUCAACUCCAGAUUCAACUAACUACGCAUACAAUUAACUAGCCUGGGAUCAGGCUCCACAGUGGGGAAAGGGCAAAAUGCGGGGAACGGGAAAAAAAAUAGGCGAGCGGGGACUGGGGAGGGGGGAGGAGGAAGGGGCGGCGGAGCCUGGAAACAUGCCUUUGAUGCCGCUGAUCCGCCCUCCAGCAAUUAACCUGUCAUAGAAAUGUCAACAAAGGCAUGUGUCCAGGCUCCUCUGCCCCUUCCUCCUCCCCGUUCCCUGCUUUUCGCUCUUUCCCCACUGCGGAGCCUGGUCCCAGGCUAACAAUUAACAGAAACACUUGUGAAGGCAAAACCACAACGACCAAACCAAUGAGGGUCCGCCGGAUCUUCAGUACACCUGGAUCAGUAAAAUAUUGAGUCCCAAAUUUUAAACUUAAAACAGUAAACUGAUCCUCACGGCAGGAAAAGGUGAUAGAAUAAAUGAAGAAAGAAAACAAAAAAUAAAGUGGUGAAUUAUAUUUGCCCCAUAUUUCGGUUUGCGACACAAACCUUCAACGGGGGCUAUAAAAGAAAAAUGAAUACAGAUAAAAGAUGAACGUUGCAUAUGCGAGAUUUGAAUACAUAAAAAACAGAAAAUGAUAGGCUACUAAAAAGAUAAAUGUCACCAAAUGAGUUCAUCACGUCUCUUUAUACCAUGAUGUUCUUAAGUCAUAACUUUAUCAAUGAGGUGAGCUUCGCGUGCCUUUCUGACAGAGUCGCGGUUGCUACGGAUUAGUUCUAAGGGAAUAAGAAGGACGUCAUUGAUAGAGUGAUCGGCUUGAUUAAAAUGUUAGGAGAUAGGAAUGGGAUUAGAAAAGUGGCCGUAGUUGAGAAUGGAGCGGCGAUACUCCCCAAAGCGUUGGUGGAGAUGGUGUUUUGUCUCCCCAGUGUACUGUUUGCCGCUUUUUUUGCAUUCAGUGAGAUAGAUAAGGCUUCUGGAUUUACAGUUUAAGGGGUCAUGUAUACGUCGUUUCUCUUUGGAGGAGGUGAAGGUAAGGCAGUGUGGAUGAUUGCCAUUUUGUAACGCCGGGAGAUAGGCUUGUUGUAUGCUACAAUCACGUAAAGUGUCUUAACGUGGGAUGAAACGUGCCUGGUUAAUUUCUUUUUAAAAAAGUGGCGGCUGUAUCCUCGUAGUUCCAGAAAGUUUAUAAGUUUAUCGCAGAGUUUAUUAAAGAAAUCGUCAGUGGAGCAGAUGCGACGCAGACGUAAGGCAAGGCUGAAAGGAAUGGUACGUUUUGUGUGGGCAGGAUGGCACGAGGUUUUCAGAAGAUAUUGGUGCUUGUCUGUGGGUUCAGUGUGGAGAUCAGUUUCUAUUAGGCUGUUGUCGAGAUGGACUUGUACAUCUAGGAAGGGAAGACUGAUGUGAAGAAUUUGAAAAUUCGUGUUUAAACUUGAUCGUUGGAUGGAUAGAGUUGAUGUAGAUGUAGGAAAGUUUGAAGAUUGUCUUCUCCUUCUGUCCACACCAUGAAGAUGUCAUCAAUAAACCUCCACCAAACGUAAGGUUUGAAAGGGGCGUUUUCGAUUGCAGAUUGUUCCAAUUUUCCCGUGAAUAGGUUAGCGUAUGAAGGUGCCAUUCAUGUUCCCAUGGCUGUCUCGUGGAUUUGAAGAAAGAGUUGGUUGUUGAAAUUGAAGUGGUUGAUACCAAGAAUCAUUCGGAUGAGGUCACAAUUAACAGUCUUGAGGGUCUUAUCUGUCUACUGUAUUACCGGAUCACCUUAGGGACGGGCCUGCAACAAGUAAAAAAGCUGGCUACGCCCCUGACCAGCACAUUUCUUUUGUUUCCCACCACCACCACCACCACCACCACCACAUUUCUAUUGUUUUGACUCCAUCACCACCACAUUAUGUGUAGAGACGCUUAAUACCUGUGUAGACUGCAUUGUCAGAAAUAAGCGUUAUUCACAAUACCCGCCAUCUUUGCUCGCAAUUUAAGACUGAUGGGAUAAAGGCAAUGUCACAUGGUUUCGCGUGGGGCAAACAAGUGAAAACAAUUGCCAAUGCAAGAAAUCACCGUCGAGUUUGUUUAUUCUAGAAUACAAUGUACAGACAAUAAUCAUUGUUACGGUACUUCUUUGGAUGCAGUAGCAACCGUAGAUUUCCUUACAGCAAACAACAUUGUUAGACAACUGAUUUCUUUGCAACAGUGCGCGCUCUCUUUGGUUACUUCGAGCUCAGAUGACAUUAACAAUGAAACUGUUUCCCGCCAAAAUAUCUGAGCAGGCAAAAUUGCAGAGGAUAACAUUGCACUGAUACCUACGAAUGUUGACCGACGACCACCGUUACAGUGACGUUUAAUAAAUUUCCAGCUUCAAAAUUUCCAGCUAUAUAAUGAAUCACUUAUUCGCCUCAGGAAACAUGGAAAUUUUCGGGAAACAAAAUUUACUGUUUCCCUCAGGACCAGUCAUUUAGUGUUUAAUGACUUUUAAAAAUAUUGUCAAAACUCGAACUGUACAUAAUACACAAAAAUAAAAAUAAUAAUAAUAAUAUUUAUCCAAUUGAUAAAAUACAAAUCGAAAGUUACAAAGUCGUCAAAAAAAGUCAAAUUAAAAAUUACAAUUAAAGUAAUAUCAUAUUCUUAAGUUAUAAUUAAGGCAUAACCUAUUUACAAAACAGUUUUUGAAACGUUCAGUUUUAACUAAAGGUAGCUGAAAUGUCUUUCUGAGAAGUCUUUGAGAAACAGUCCUUUACAGUCGGUAAGAUAGAAUAUAAAAGAUGGUGUUCGUCCUCUCUAAUUUAUCAUAGAACUUUCUGUCAGAGUGUUCCAAAAGAUCAUAGAUACUUAAUUUUUCUAAGAUGUCGCAUCUUUUAUGGCAUCCAUUAGAAAGCAAUCCAUAACAACAAGGUCAGCCUUAACUUGCUAGUACAAUAAAUCGAGAGUCCCUAGGUCAAUUUUUAGAGCACGAUUGUCAACGUGUUUCUUCCCAUAGCCCUGUUUCCUUAAUCCUCAUAUUACGUUUGUUAGCCACGCAUAAUUUGGUCUUAACGUGUUUGGAAAAUUUACAGUUGGAUUGCCAAUGAAAGGAAGCAACUUCGCACCUACUGGGCGCACUUUGAGAACUACCUGUCUCCAAAUAGCUAUUUUAGACUUGCAAGGUACAAACUCCGAACCUUAAAGCAAGAGGCUGAUGAGACAGUUGAUUCAUUUGUGAAGAAAAUUCGAAUCCUCGUGGCAGAGUGUCAGUUUAUGAGUCCCGAUGAACACAUCAUCGAUGCGCUUAUUUUUGGUUCUAAUUCGAAGCAUACGUAAACUAAGCUUCUGGAAGAGGACGCCACACUUACCCUUGACACCGCUUUGGAUAUUGCAAGGACAGAUGAAGUCACAAGAAAUCAAAUCAAGGAGAUUGUAACCGAUAAUUCUACGCGAACUGAUGCUCUUAAGCGUGGCCAGGCUCCUUCUAAUGCAGCAAAUUCACCCAGCAAACCCUGUGGCCCCAUCAUUGGUUUAUGUGGAUACUGUGGUUGAUAUUUCUCAGCGAACCUUGAGUCCAGCGUUUGGAUCAAUUUGUGGUGCAUCUGGUAAGGAAAAUCAUUGGAGCAAAGUUAGUCCCUCAUCAAAGCCUAACAGGAAAGAGAAAAAUGCAAGGGGAGGUUCCAAGCAUUCCAAGUCCUUUAAAGAGAAGCGUGGCCCGGAGAAGCAUUUGCAUACCCUGGAGACUCAUGAUGAAGCCGAAGUUGACAAUGCAGCACAUCUGCCAGAAGAGUUAUAUUUCUACACCCUGUUAAUUGACCAGUUUACAAAAAAUGAUACUCAAGCCUUCUUGGAGCUGGAAGUCGAGGCUGAUCAGCGUAAAAAACGACUUGUGUGCAAGGUCGACACUGGUGCUGAGGGAAACAUCAUUUCUCUAAAUUCCUGUAAGUCUCUAUUUCCAAGCUCGCCAUGUAAUCCUAAUGGUAUUCCUGUUAACUUGGCAUCAUCUAGUACUACCAUAGUUACAUUUGGUGGACAUCCCGUUGAUCAUCAUGGCAUUUGUCAUCUCAAACUGGCUCAUGGAAAUUCCUGUAAAUACUGCAUGUUCCAUGUUGUUGAUGAAGAUGGUCCAACUAACUUGGGCCCACCUACCGGUACAGAUUUAAACCUGGUUACCAUGACCUUUAGUAUGAUAAGCCACAAGAAAGAGUCCAAACCAAGUGUUGUCCAGCAGCCAAGAGGGAGAUCCCCGAACAGUAUGGUAAUUGCUUUGAAAGCGUCGGUUCCUUUCAGGGUUAAUUUCAUAUUACAGUCGAUGCUGCGGUUUCUCCAGUUGUGCGUCCUCUGCGCCAUGUCCUGGAAGCCCUCAAGGAAGCCUUGAGGAAGGAACUUGAUUCUCUUGUUACGCAAGGAAUUCUAGCAAAAGUUACCGAGCCAACUGACUGGGUCAACUCCCUGGUUUGUGUCACUAAGGGACCAGUCAGAAUUUAAGUUGGAGGGGGGGAUGGAGGAGAAAUUGUUUUUUAUCCCAAAUUAUUUGCAGACCCCUACUAAUAGCACCCAUGUUUUUAGGUACCCCCCUUCAAUCAUGUUAAAAGAUUUAAGGGCCCCCCUUUCUUACAUAAUACCCAAAUGGUAAUAACAAAUACCAUUUUCUUUACUUUACCGUUCUUACACACUGUCACUUCCGAAUGUGGUAACUGACAAGAGAGAAGCACUUCACACUAAACUGAGAAAGAGAUUUCACCUAGAGCCUCUCAAACAGAUUGUAGAGCAAGGAUAUAUGAGUGAUUGUGUUAUAAUUGAGAUAAGACAAGCCAUCGAAAGGUUAGAGGCCGACAGGACCGCUUCAAGGAAGAAAGAAGAUAAUCAGCCAAAGCUUACUGCUUUUUAUAUGAGCAGUACAUGCGCUAAUAGCAAAACUUGACGGUGACACAGACAGUGAGUCCACAUCAACCUCAUCUACAAAUAAUGAUUCGGAUAGUGAGAUUGCAUAACAUGACUUUAUGCAUGUAAUCAUUUGUUAAAAUGCCGAUGAAACUGUUUCAGUGUUACACAAUAAUGGAUGUUGUGUUGAUGCACCUACUAUUUGAGCAUUAAAUCUUUUUGUCAAAAUGCUGAUUAAAUUGUUUUAGUAUUACAUAUUAGUAUAUACACACUCAGUGAUCUUGGUAAUUCAAGCAAUCUGAUUGGUUAGCUAUCUCGGACUAUGACGUUAUAUUCACCGCGCUAGGCGGUGAAUAUAAAGCCGAACAAAAUCGCUGUCGUGAACUGGGUGUUUUGCCAAAGUUUCAAAGUAAAACCUUUUUGAAAAUACCCGAAUAUCCAAGCGCUGAUGACUUUGAAGGCAAGAAAAGACUUCAUGGUGUUUAAACAGCGUGAUUUAUUGUGAAGUGGUUUACUUUAGCUGACUUUUUGUACGCUCGAAGCUAUGUUUACCACUACAGAGGAAAACGAGGUCGCUUUGUCACUGUUUUGUGAUUUCGGGAUUUUCUCGCAAGACCAAUUUUGCCUAUAAAUAGAACUUAAUUUAUGGAGAAGAGAGGAAGGCAAAUAUUUUCGAAAAUUGUACGUGCCAGCAAGUUAACAAGGCAAAGAACUUUGGAGAUAAACAACGCUCACCUUGAUCGCACCCGCUGUUGACAGCAUUUGCAAGACGAAGCGAGGAAGAAAACUUUCUUAUUCACGGUGAGUUGACAGAAACAAAUAAAGCUCUAGAUACUUUUCUUCUCAGAAUUGGGUAGUAAUUUAAAUUUUCGGCGUUUUCUUUUAAACCGUUGAUGCUAAAGCUUACAAAACUCGAUACAAAAAGAUUAAAACUAUCAUUUGCCAUGUUUGAAGAUACUGUAAAGAUCUAACUUUUGCGCAUCCACUGUUUACGGCUUCGUGUUCACGCAUGAAUUCACCCGUCAAUCAAACUAAUCGUUUUUUAAUGGUUUCCUUUCUGAUUCUGUUGAGAUCACUUCGUGUGAAUAUACUAAAACAAUUAUUCACCUCAGGCUCAGUUAAUAUUGUUGAAUAAUCCCCUCGACUUCGUCUCGGGGAUUAUUCAACAAUAUUAACUUCGCCUUCGGCGAAUAAUUGUUAAAUAUAGGACUUUGUGUAAAACUGAAUCUAAAUCAGGUCCUUUAAUACUCAAGCAUCAUGCUGCUCAGUAGGGAUGCUACUUAAAAGAAACUUGAAGACCCCCCAAGGUCAUCUUUUGGCAUUUUACGGCCCCCCAUAUUCCAUCCAAAAAAAAUUGAAGGCCCCCCAAUUUCUCCUCCGCCCCCCUCUCCAACUUAAAUUAUGACUGGUCCCUAAAAGCAACAGUGCAUUACGGCUUUGUCUAGACCCUAAGGACCUGAACCGGGUCAUUAAGAGGCCUCACUGUUUUACGCCCACACUUGAGAAUAUAUUGAGAAACAUCUUGCACUGCUUAGUUUAGGGAAUCCUUGAUGUCCGAAGCGGUUACUGGAACAUUAAGCUGGAUCAAGAAGUACGCCGUGUACCACCUUUAAUUCGUGUACCACCUUUAAUUCACCUUUUUGAAGGUACUGGUUUCUGCGUUUACCUUUUGGCUUAAUCUGUGCUCAAGACAUUUUCCAAAUUAAGGAAGGCGGAUGAAACCUUCGGAGAUUUACCCAGUGUCACUAGAAUUGCAGACAACAUUGUUGUGUAUGGAUAUGAUGACCGCGAUCAUGGUAAGAAUCUCCGUGCUGUACAUACAUACAUACAUACAUAAACUUUAUUUAUCCUCGGAUUUUAGUGUAGCUUACAUAGCUAGUAUCUCCGAUCCUAACUAAUUUUAAAAGUUACAACAUAUAUAAUAUAAUAUUAAUUAAUGGUAUUAACUAAAACUGGAUAAAUUCACUAUAAUCUACAUUCUUUCUAAAGUGAUCAGGUAGAGAAUUCCAGUACUUCACAGAUGAAUAGCUAAAGGAAUUUAGACCAUAUGUGGUUGUCUUAGGAAGUGAUAAAAUGCCCGUGAGACUAGAUCUUAACUUGAUCAGUUGUUUUAAAUAGCACGGAUAUUUACCAAAAUGGAGACAUUUGAAUAUACAAAUCAUCAUAUUUUGUAUCCUCCUGUUGGCUAAACCACACACACCAGCCUUGUCUAGAAGAGCAUCAUAGUUCGAGUCCCAGUCCUUUAAAACAAAUCUUAAAAUACGUCUAUUUAAGGUGUCCAGUUUGACAGAAUCUUCUGAAUUACAAAAGUGCCAUAUCAUUGAACAGUAGUGAAAAUGGGGUAAGAUAAACGCUUUAUAAAGGCGAAGCAUAAUUUCGCAUGAGAUAAGUUUUUGAAGACACUGAACUGAUUAUUUAUUUUUUUUUGCAUACAGAGGAUAUGUGAUCCUUGAAAUUAAGUUCAUUGUCUAGAGAGAUAUUCCAAAAAAGAUCCAGGCAUCUUGUGGUUAAAAAGGAGAAAGGGUAAUCGGUUUUGCCAAGAACCAUCCCUUGAUGUUUAGCAGGGUUUGCUUUCAUCCCAUUGUCUUCGAACCAUUUAUUUGCUAUUUGUACAUCAUGAUUGAUCCGCCGUUCCAAGGCCACUGGGUCUACAUCAGAUGAGUGCAGUUGGUAGUCAUCGGCAUAAGUGUUUAAUUUUACAGACUUAAUGUGAAAGAUGAGGUCGUUGAGGAACAUGUUGAAAAACAUGGGCCCCAGGACGCUGCUUUGAGGCACGCCCCGCUUCACACUCAUCCAAUCCGAAUAAGUAUCACCAAUUUUCACUCGCUGCCUUCUAUCCGUCAAGUAGUCACCGAUAAGGGCGCAGCUGGAUUCGUGCAAGCCAUACGCUUUCAGUUUUGCUAAUAGCAAAGCAUGAGGUAUGGUGUCGAAAGCCUUUGACAAAUCCAUUGAUAUAACCGCCACGAUCUCUUUAUUGUCUAGACUGCGCCUCCAGUCCUCAGUCAGCCUAAAUAAAGAUGUCUCACAGCUAUGGUGCCUCCUGUAGGCAGAUAUGUAUUCAGACAAUAUGUUCUGGUAAAAGUCGCCCAUUUGAGCUGAAAGUAGCCUCUCAAAAACGUUAUUGAGCGCAGGUAAUACGGUCACUGGUCGAUAAUUGCUUUUAUUUAGUUCAUCGUCCUUUUUAAAUAAAGGAGUAACUUGACCUAAUUUCAAGCGCGACGGAUACUGUCCUGUCCUAACCGAGUGAUUCAUUAUUGCAGCUAUAGGACCAGCAAUCGCGUUGGCAGACUCGUUUAACAGUCGCGGUGGUAUUCCGUCAUAACCACAGGAUUUACGGGAGUUGAUUUUGAGUAACAAAGCUUCCACUUGGGUUUUAUUAGUAUAUUGAAAAGCAAAAUUGUUUCUCGCAGCGAUCUGCUCGUUGUUAUUAAAAGUCGCCUGAAUGCUAGGAUGUGCAUCAAACCCUUUUCCAUAAAUCUGUUCAGUAAUCUCUGGCACGCCGUCCGCGAUGUUCACGAAAUAACUAUGAAAAAACUCCGCUAUUUGUUUCUUGUCUGUUAUUACGACAUCGUGUUCUUUUAGUAUUAUGUCAUUAGCUUGCGUACUUUUCUUUGAAUGCAAAAAUGGGCGGUAUGUGUCCCAAAACUCCCUUGGGUUUUCCGACUCACUUUUCUUGUCAAAGAAAGUUUUAAUAGCUUUACGUCUUAGAGAAGUGCAAAUGUUCCUUUGCCUCUUGUACAGUUCAUAAUUAGUAUCAGUUCUUUCACGAAUGAAGCACUUCCACAAACGGUUCUUCUGACGAAUAGCUCUGCGCCAUCGUUCAUUCAUAAAGGGAACUUGAUUUCCCUUUAUGCGGACCUGUUUCAAAGGUGCAUGCUUACAAAGAAUGUCCUCAUAUAAACAAUCAAACACGUAGAGCCUAUCAUCAACGUCGUCAAAUAUUUCAGCUACUUGGAAAGGAACAUUAUGCAAAUCAUGUAGAAAAUGCUGUUUAUCAAAAUUCUUAAGGCUUCUAAAUCGUAUUUCCCGAGAUCGUAUUCUCGGUUCCGAUGCUCUGAGAAUGGCAAACACAAGAGAGUGAUCACUUAUUUUAACAUGGACUACGCCCGAUGACUGUAUUUUCUGUCUUGCAACAUGCCCGUGAGACUGGCCUUUGUUUUAACCUAGAUAAGUUCAAGUGUGCCCGUAUUCCAUUCAUCGGUCACGUAAUCGGUGCCGAUGGUCUGCAGCCUGACCCGCCGAAGAUUGAGUCCAAACUGUCCAUGGAUCCUUCAACUAGCCUUGCAAGCUUACAGACAUUUCUCGGGAUGGUUCAAUUUUUGAGCCGUUCAUUUCUUAUUUGGCCUCCAUAGCAGCUCGCCUCUGGAGCCUCACCAAGAAGACAAGUGAAUUUGUCUGGAGCUCUGCACAUCUCUCUGCAGUAGACCGAAUCAAGAAGGUGAUCACAUCCCCUUCUUAACCUGCAGUAUUUUGACAGUACCCAGCCAGUCACCAUUCAGGUGGAUGUCUCCCAGAGAAGUAUUGGUGCCGUCCUUCUGCAAGCUAAUGGCCCUGUGAAGUUCGUAAGCAAGUUGCUGUCCGAAGCUGAGAGUCGGUGCUCCAGUAUUGAGAGAGAAAUGUUAGCUGUCCUGUUUGGUCUGGAGAAGUUUCAUUAUUAUGCCUAUGGCCGACUCGUUGUGGUGAAGUCUGACCACAGACCUCUUGAGGCCAUAUUCAAAAAGCACCUGUCAAGUGCACCACCUCGUCUUGCGAGAAUGUUGCUGUGCAUACAGAAGUAUGAUGUGCAAAUUAAAUACCUUCCUGGGAAGGAUGUACCUGUUGCUGAUGCUCUCUCAAGGAUCAGCUCCUGCCCUGGUGAAGCUGUGCAAGGGCUAGACAUAUCUGUUCACAAAGUACAUUUUCACCUCAAUGCUAGCCAAACAAGGGUGUGCCAGAUUCAGGAAGAAACUGCUAAGGAUUCAACCCUUUCAACCCUGCGUGAAGUCAUCAUGCGCGGAUGGCCUGAUAGAAGAUCUGAUUGCCCUGCUGCUCUUCUUGCCUACUGGAACUAUCGUGAUGAGCUGACUGUAGCAGAUGGUAUGAUCCUGAAAGGCACACAUAUCAUCUUCCCUGAGUCAUUACAGCCUGCUGCUCUCAAUCAACUACACUGUGCCCAUCAAGGGGCUGAGAAAUGUAAGCUCAGAGCAAAGGGGACUUUGUUCUGGGCGAACAUUAACCGGGACAUUGAUGAGUUAGUAAAAACCUGCUCUCCGUGCCAGCGUCACCAAAAGCUGAAUGCAAAGGAGCCCUUGCUACCUCAUGAUGUUCCUCCGAAAGCAUGGCAUACGUUAGGCUCUGAUAUAUUUUUCUGGAACCAAACUGAUUUCUUGUUAGUGGUUGAUUAUUACAGCAAGUUUGCUGUGGUGAAAAACUUGCCAACCGCCAGUCUUCUACAGUUAUUGCUCACCUGAAGUUUGUCUUCGAAGAACAUGGUAUCCCCAGUAAGUUUGUGACAGACAAUGGUCCCCAGUACUCCUCUGCUGCCUUCCGAGAAUUUAGCCAUACUUAUGGGUUUACUCAUGUCACCUCCAGCCCUUUGUACCCUCAGUCCAAUGGCUUGAGUGAGAGGACAGUGCAGACAGUGAAAAAUGUUCUACAAAAGUGCAAGGAAUCUGGCCAGGACCCUCACUUGGCCAUGCUUUGUCUUCGUAGCACCCCAUUGUCGCAUGACUUACCAUCGCCUGCCAAGCUUCUGAAUGGCCGGAUGUAUCAGACAAACCUUCCAGCAGUCUCUAAGCCUUCCUCCUCUUCUAAUGGAGACGUUAAUGUCAAGUUCCAACUCAGACCGGAUAAGCAGAAGGCACAGUAUGAUAAAACAGCAAAGCAGCCAAUUCAACCACUAUUUGCAGAAGACUGUGUUCGCAUCCAUAACCCUGCCAACAACAGAUGGGAACCAGGUGUGGUUCACUGUGUGGCUGAUGCACCCCGGUCUUACAUGGUGGCUAAUAGCACUGGUGGAGUACUCAGAAGAAACCGUCGCCACCUACGAAGGACUGAUGAGGCCUUUAAACUUCCAGUUCCUUCAAAAGAAGUCCCUGAGGAUAUUCCAAUUGGUGACUCACAUUCUAAAGAGCUGGUGACCAGCAGUUCCUCUGCAUCACCUGACAGUGUUGCCUCUUCCCCUGCUGGUGAAACAGACCCUCCUCCUGUUGCAGUUCCUCCUCCUCUGCGCAGAUCAACUAGGAGAGUUUAAGCUCCAGAGAGACUGAACUUAUGAUUGCAUGCAUUGUUUAGUUUUCUUUCUUUAUUAGGAACUUGAACAGUUCGACAUUAGCAAAGCAUCUAGUUUUCUAUCUUUUCCUCAAAAGGAGGGGGAUGUAGUGUUAUUGACUGGUCUGCACUUUUCCACCAUAGUUCCAGGCUAUCACGUGUGUUAGUUUAUUCAUAUAAGAAAUCUUGUCACUCGCACUCACGGUUGUAUUAAAAGCACGUUCGUUGCUACCCUACGCGUUCUAAUCAAACCUACAAUAUGUUAGACCUAGUAAAGUUACACGAUCAUAUUGCUUAAUAUUAAACAUUUCCGGGUAUAUUGAAUUGUUACAUUUCUUUCUAAUAACUAGCUCCUUACAUUUAGCCGUAUUACAUUUCAUUCUAUUAUUGUUGGUCCAAUCCAUAAACUGUGUAAGCGCUCUCUCAGAGGUGACUAUCAAAUUGUCAUCUCGUUUUGAUAGAAUAUAAAACAAACUCGACUGCGAUUACUCGUAUAAGCAAAUUUUAUCUCUUAUUUGCCCCCCGAAAUACCACGUGACAUUGCUUUUAUCCCAUCGAACCUAAAGCGCAUGUAAAGAUGACAAGUAUCCUGAAUAAGGUCUAUUCCCUGCAACCAUGUAAGCGGUAUUAUUAGACCCCUUGACAGUCAUAACCUCUUUAUAGUCAGAGUAUCAUUAUGUGGUUACUUUAUUACGAAGACAACAGCCCCCUUCCUUUUGUAAAUGUGGAGAUGAUAAAUUGUUUUCCCCUACCCUUCCAUGGAAUUGAAAUCUUCUCAAUGCUAAGCAGUGCGCGCGCAUGAACCAGCAUCAUUUUGGUGAAAAAAGGCGAUAGUCGUUGAUAUUCUACUACGUCAAACCCUGCUUUACGGGCACCCGCUUAAUGCGGACACUUCAUUAUAAUGGACAGUUUGCUUUGUCCCUGGGGAAGGGAAGCCCUUACAUUUUCUCUAAAUUUAACCCCCUUUCUACCCAACCCCCGUUAAUACGGUCUAUGGCCCCUUCUGUGUCCUUAUUAAUCUAGUUUCACUGUACGGGUUUCCAGUGUAGUGGCAGAAACAUUUUAUGAUAAGAAGUUAUAUCAUUUUGCUUAAUCUCCUUCAAUUGUAAUAGGGAAGUUGAUUUUUCUGAUGAAAAAAGCACUUAAAAAUUAAGUUUUCUGAGAUGAAUACGUGGUAAAAACUUUAAGUCAAAUCCAGUAGACAAAUCGUUUUACGCCUUGUGCUCCAUACUGUCACCUUCCUGUUUUGUAUUUUGUGUUACUUUUAACUCUUCAUCUAUCAUGUCCUUAAGGCAGAUGUUCGAUCUCCUCAAAACCUAGAUAGUUAUUUCUAUCCCUUUUUUUUGGCAGGAACUAGUCAUAAGUUAUUUCAAACAGCCAUGGAGGGUCAACAAGAACUUUACUGUGUUCUUCAGUUUGGCACUGCACUAUAGGAUUAAAGGUAAUCAAAUAAUUAAAAUCAAGUAAUCAAAAUUUGGGCAAGCCUUUUUUCUCGUUAAGACUCAAAUAAAACCUCAUUUGGCGUUUUCGUUUACGUAUCAACUUUCUAAGUAAAAGGGAAAACUGGCCAAAUUUUGGUUUGGGUUAAAAGUGACACAAUUCCCUCGACUUUUGCAUGUGUCUUUCUCUUCCGCAUGCUUCUUUCGCUUUUCCUGCCUGCUUUUCUGUUUUCUGCUGGGGGCAUUUUCUAGUCUCUAUUUCGGUGGGAAACGUUUUCGAGAAAACUUGUAGGAACAUCAGUACGAUUCAAGUGCAAAAAGCUAACAUAAACAUAAAAAAGUCUGAAUCUGAAGGCUUCACAACCAUUGCAGUUAAUAAACUUUGCUAAAACACUCAUAUGAACCAUGAGUGAAAUACCAUGAGAAAGAGAUAAUUUCAAAAGAUAUCAGGAUCUUCUGGGUAGGGUGGAGUGAAGUCAGUUAUUUAUUUUGUCUUGUUACCUGCUAUUCCUUUCUGACUACAAUUAUUUUAGCUGCUUAUAUGGCUCCUCCCAAAAACCAUGAAACAUUGCAUUGUUGUGUAGCGUUCAUGUGUACUGGACUAUAUAUGUAGCACACUAAUAUGGUUAUUUUUCCGUUGCUGAAACUUGGCUUACCUACAAAAUUGUCGCCACAUUUUCUCCUAGAUUCAAAACCCAAGUUUGCUGUCGUAACAACUACCAAGGUCUCAUUAACGGCUCGAGUGAAUGGAGUAUCAGGAUUAGCAUAUCAUCGUCUCAAUCAUGAUAUAUUGGUUUGUUUAUCAAGAUCUUACCAAACCAUUUAAAUUUAGAUAAAACCUUCAAGCACGUGAUUUAUGUGAGCAGGAUAAGUCAUUUAACUUGCAUGGUGUGUUUAAACCACUCCCGCUCCACUCUCCAGCUAGUGACCAAUAAAUUCUGACUUUAAGGUAGUGGUUGUGGGGAGGUAAAUCACAAGAGAAAUCACUGCUUAAGGACGGUGAGGAGAUCCGGGGUUCAAUGUCUAGAUAUGACUAUCUCAAAUCCUUGUUUUCGGCUUCUUUCCUUCUGCGUGUACCCACAAAAAAAGCUGACAAAGAGGGGGGAAUUAUAAUAAGCAAACGAUCAGCUUCAAGAUUUUUAGUCAGAUGAUGGUUAUUUAGAGCUACCAACAUACAGAAAGAAGGACCUUGAACCCGGCUUAUCACUCAUUGAAUGAUUCUGUGUUAGCGACGACCCUUUGUAUUUUUAUGUGAUCAUUAAUCAGUUUCAACUCAUGGAUGCGGGUAGUGUAGGAAGGAGUUUGUGCAGAUGCUGCAAUAUGUGAGUGUGUCACUCCUUCUAAGGCUUAGACACUUCAUAAUUAGUCAUUGGAUCUGAUAUGAAAACAACAAUAAUUGUGGUGGCUGGUUCUUAUGUCUAUCCAAAAGCAUGCGUUGAAAAAGCUUUGUUCUGCCAAUGACGUUUAUUUUGUGACAAAAUUGCACGUGUUGGCACGCGCAUAGGGUGGCAUUUUUCUUGGCCGACAAAAUUGGAAUCGGCAGCCACAGACAAAGUGACAAUUUUAUUUUUCGCAUAUCAAUGACAACUGACAAUCUUUUUACCCAGAUUUAGCACUCAAAUGUCAUAACAACGUUGCCAGAAUUCCAGUUGCUUAAAGUUAUGAAAAUUUUUAAUUUAUGGUCGAACAUUUUUCAUUUUCUCACCAUUAAUAACAGAGUACAUCAAAACCUAUAAUCAUGUACAAUACUGAAGACGAUUAAAAAAAUGUUCAUUACUACUAAUACAACUAAAAAAAAUGCGAAAUAAGUACAAACGGAUGGUAAUAGCAAAGAAAUUGUUUUACCCAAACCCGUUUUUCAAAACACUUUACGUGUUCAGUGACAUGAUAUUUAGAAGGUCAUAUUGCAAAUGCAAAUACCUUUGCUUGCAGUUACACAAGGAGUGUUUUGCUGUGUUUAGGCCCUAGCAAAAGUUUACUUUACAAUAGCCGGACUAUUUCUAUUAACGUACCCAUGAGUUGUUCACAGUUUACUUUGAUUCAGCAAUCCAAGUGAUCAUAAUGACCAUGCAAGGCAUCCUUAACUCUGCUCUGUGUUUAUAUUUUCACCAAUGUUUUAGAACUAUCCAUCAAGUAGUUACUUUACGGUUGAAGAUAUUACCAGUUGGAUUGAUGCGAAUAGAUAUGAGGUAUUGUGUUGUUCACUGAUAUCUAGUAAAUAACUUGAUUGCACAGUAUAAUGGUUUUUCGAAAAAGUAAAUGUUUCACUGAAACACAUCCUCAAAAACCUGAUCAUCUUAAACUAGGGCUGAGUAUUUCUGAAACACAUUCUCAGAAACCCAGAUCAUCUUGAAGUGGAACAGAUUAUUUGUGAAAGAAAUCAUUACAAAGUGUUGAACAAGGGAACCCUUGUGCACUUGACUAUACCAAACUAAUUCGAAAAGCUUUUGUAUUAUCAAAUUGCGUCUAUAACUUUGACUCCUCCUCAUUGUUCUUUGAAUCAUUCAAACAUGUCCACUUUGCCACCUCAAUUCGAAUGGUUAACAGUCGAACGGACUUCAGGCUGUGCUCUAAGGAAAAUGGAAGUGAGCCUGGUGCUCUGAAAAUGUGAAUUCUAUGGCGCCCAGCAUAGGAUUUUUUGUAUGAAAAAGUAAGAUUUCUUGGUCGCCCAAGAGCAAAAGUAAGGAGCCCGGCCAGGUGCCAGUGGGUGCAUCUCUGGUUACUGGUAAUUCUAAAAGUUGUUAAAUGAGCUAGGGGCUCUUCCAUGUUCUGGUAAACUGUGCGUGUAAUGUGUGCAACAUGUACACUGCAAUCUACUUGUAAGUUUUCUUCACAUCUUGUAACAUUCUUCCUGGAAUUGUGUGAAUGCAGAUUCUAUCAAAACACAAGAAACGAAAUAAAAUACACUUACCUGUACUGUAUUUUGACUUACAAUGAGGUUAAGACAGGGUGAAAAGCCAGCCCACGUCGCUUCAAGAUGAAUACAGUACAGUUAACUGUAUUUUAUUUCAUCUCUUCGCAAUAAGCUACAAUAUUAUUUUUUUAAUUAGAGCUGUUCCCAUAUGAACUCCAUAAAUCGCUUCUUUACGCAAUGUUGCCAGUUGGGUGAAUUUUUAACAAGUACGCACAUAGUGAGCUGGUUUCAGUGGUUGGUACUUUUGAAUAACAAAUAGUUUGUUUGUAAACAGAUAUCUUCCCUAUACAACAUCUGUCAUUCGGUUUUCCUCUUCUCAAAAAGUACUCUUUCUGGUAUUUAAAGAAACUUGCUCUCACUUCAACACUGGUAUUUUGUUCUCACCUGUCGAGGAAUCACAGUAUGAGUUCAAUUCGAUCUUCGGGAAACCUCAUCCCUCAUCAAGAACAGUUGAAAGUCAACUGACUUGGAAACAUUUCCUGUUAAGUGCAGUACAUACACUGUUGAGGUGAAAAGUUGAACUUUCCUCUUAUAACUGGACAAUAUUGUCUGCCCUUAUUCAGUUAACACUGUCAAACACGGAUAUGGGUGUAACUCUUACGUAUAAUACGACAACAGUUAGUGUAAAUCAUAGUUCCCUCUUCGCAGCUCGUUACAAUGCUUGAGGUUUAUCCAAACACCCGUAAGGGGAUACGUAUAUACCUGGUGACAAGGGUGUUCGCUGAAUGGAGGUUAAAAUGAUCGUUGUUUCUUUUUAAGCUUGUUGUGCAGCUGGCGCCGAGUUCUGACAGAAAAGAACAUUUUGUACAUCACCUGAGUAAGGGCCCAGCUCUCCUGCUGUUUUUACCAAUGAAGCUGCAGAUGUGUCGUGUGACGCAGAACCAUCUAGAGACUGUAAGUUGUAGCUGUAAUAUACCUUACAAGUUUAAGGAGACCAGUUUUAAUGUGUUUUUUUAAUCUCUUUCUAAAUUUUUGACAAACAGAAAGAGACGUGAUUUCCAGUUUAUUUUUAGGGAAAAUGUAGAAGAUAUAAACUUUUUUCGUUAGUGGUAUUUUUACCUCUGUUAGCUGCAUUAGUAUUUUGGAAUCUUCUUCAACACACUAUUGCUAAUAAUGAUACCCUCUUCAUUACUUGGGGGGAGCACAAAGUAAAGGAUUCACGACUCUCAGAAAUGUCCUCAAAGCUUCUUUUUUGGGACAAGUCCUCUUUUCUGUUUGAGUCAGCUUUUUGGCGAAGUGAGAGCGGAAUUACCUCGAGAUAUCUCGAGAUCACUUCGAGUUCUUUGAAUUAUUCCUUAAUUUAUUCGAGGAAGAAAAAAUUAUUAUUUUUGGCACGCCCCGAUUUACCUUUGACCCGUCGGAUCAGAUGUGACUCUUAGCUGAGCGAUUAGCCGAUUGCUCCACCUCGACCCGAUGUAGUUUGUAAUGUGAACAAAUGGCUUUAAAAUUUUGCACUCGUUUCGGGACAAGAUUGGAAAUGCAAGUUCGUGAAACUUGCGUAACGUUUCGGCUUGUUUCAGCUAUUUGACGAAGUGAGACCGGAACAAGACGCUAAGGGAGCGUUAUGCCACGUUAUAGCCUUUGCUUUUAGUAUACUCCGUGUUGGCUCUAGUUUGUUCCAAAGGUUCAGCCGUGGGUUUCUUGUAUUUUCCUCGCUUGAGAGCACAAUCAUGACCGUGCCAGAAACAGCCGUGAAACUGGUAGACUGUUUUCGUCUCAGUGUGAAAUGUUUGUUGUUGAUGGUAACGGUGGAAAAUGAUAGAAGGGCCUCCAGUGUUGUUAUCUUUAAUGAGGUGAUACAAGUCACUAUUAGCUUGAUCAAAGAGACUGAAGUACGUUUGCGGCGACAGGUACACAAAUAAAUGCUUUAAGGUGAGGCGAGGGACAGAAAUACCAUCUUUAAACAUUUCAAUCUUCUUGCUUGCCAAAACUGACUCACUUUUUCUACUACUUCUAAGAAAGGUACUGCAUCCAGAUCAUUGUACCAGACCAAUAAAUCUUUAAAGGUGGACAUUUCAUUUUCUUCCCAUACUUUCUAACAAUACUGGUUUUCUUCGUCAGUGAUGUUUUGGUUCUUGAGAGCAGAGUAGAAGGCAGCGUGAGGGGUUAAGGAAGUUUCUUCUUACUAUGCAGUUCGUUUAACCACUGGUACGGAAAAAUCCUUUGGUCUGUUCGCACUCGUACGCUUAAAGGAACUGAUCAUAGAUGCACCCGGGAGUGAGAUAGGUAGAGAUCUAGAAGAGCUUCAGGAAGUCUGUCUUCAGACACAUGUGAUUGUUGUUUCUGUUGACAGUAAACUCGAUAUGAUGAUGUUCUAUCGUGUAAGGGAACAGGAAUUCUUAGGUAGCAUUCAGAUUGUACUUCCGGGAAUUGAACUCGAGGACGGGUAGUUCUUGUAUAUAUGCGUUCAGUUUUUCUUCUUAUUGAAUAAGGACUUUGUGGUCACUGGUUUGUUCUUGUCCAAACAAUAUGUCUUCAUACAUUGCCAGUUCUUGUCGCUGUUGUCUUGUGUCUCUGUCAAGUUCUACAAUGAAUCUUCUAUAAAAGGAGACAUCUUCCUGUUCUUAAAUUUCAUCGUCGAGAAACGCGCCGUCUUGUUCGUUCUUCGAUUCAAUCUCCUCUUCAUCGUCCUCAUUAUCACUCGCCAUUAAAUCAAUGUCUCAAGUAUCAUCUUCGAAUUCUCCUUCUUCACUUUCAGUUUGCUGACCUUCUUGAAUAUCUACGAGAAUUUGCGCCAAUUGGUGAGAUUCACUGUUAUUCAGAGCUCUUGCGGUUUUGAGAGCUUCAGAUACUUCUGUGUAUUGUUGACGCAGCAGAGAUGAACUUUUUGUGCUGAUAGAAAUUAAGUACUGAAUAAAUUCUGUAAUUAAUGCUUUUGGAUCGCCAUCAGUCACAAAACAUUUAGGCGCUUGGUAGCCAGGCACGUUACGGCAGACAUUAACACUAAGCGCAACAUGGCUAGAUUCCCAGGUUAAUUUGUCUGUGUUUUUCAGUUCUGGCACUUUUUCUUUAUCGAAGUAGCGCUCAAAAUCAAAUGUGGCUCUGUAGGGAAAAUGGCGUGCUCGUUCCCGGGACGAUAAUACAUUCUUCCUUUAAUUCUGCAAACACAGUCUUUGGGACAUGGUACGCCCCCUUGGAUACUUGAGCUACACUUUGCCGUCACAGGUCUAGCCCCUUCUCGUGUUGUCUUAAAUUUGACUCACGUUUCCAGUAUUUACCACAACGAGAACAACAAAAGGAUUUAGAGUGCCCGGCGAGAUCUUUGAUAUACGAUAAAUGGUUCUUGUAGAGGUUCAAGUAGAGCGAGCUGGUGUAGUGGUGGUGUGGGCGACAGAGGAGUGUGGCGGCAAUCUCGGGUAUAUUUUCUUCGUUGUCGUCCCCGUGGCUCUGAGUAGGUGCGAGGCUGUAUAGUUGUAUGUUCACUUCGUUUAAUUUUUCAUUUCGUCCUCUUCACUGCUGGUGGUUUUACUGUGUCUCUCUCUAGGUUCUUAGUAUGGCAGCCAUUAUGCAAAGCCAGACAGCGAAAGAAACAGAAAUUGUCAUCAUAAGGCUUGCCAGUAUUACGGUUUCGAUGAUUCUCACCUAUGUAUGUGGGAAGAAAUGCCUCGUGGCCAAUUGGAUGAUCCCUGAUCUUCCACACAAACCAAGUAACAAUUGUAAACGAGAUCCAUCACCCAUUUUGAAUUUGGUCUCUGUUGUCGAACUCACUCUAAGAAAUCGAUACAAGGGCUCCAAAUCUUUGUGACUGGAGAUCAGAAACGGUUGUUCCAAAACGAAAUUGUUGUUGGCAGAGGGGUGAUGGUGCUGCAAAUCGCCAGUUUCUGUGUUUCACGGAAUAAAACCAAAAGAGAAGUUGACUUUAAACACGGUAGGCUGAUCGGCGAAUAUCCGGCUCAGUUGUUCGCGGAGGUUGGCUGGGUUGAUGGUUGAGAGGCGAAAAUUAUACCAAUCUUGCAGUCUGUUCUGGCGACUGAAACGGGUGGGGAUUUGUGACCAGUGUUGCCAGUACGUCUGAGCAACAUCUUCGUCAGAGCUUGAAACAGGGUUGGUCGAAAUGUGAACUGGAUCCGCUUCCCAACUGGAACCUGCAGUUGCAGCGGAUGCUUGAGAGGCAGCUGGUCGAGUACCAGGAUCAGCAGACUUCCUGGCUCUUUUCGCACCUAGUGUGUCAUUCGAGGUCGUAGCGCUGCGUUUACGGUUUUUUGAUGGUUGUUGUUGAUGUGAGGCGUUAAAACAGGCGCGGCUCUGAAAGGAUUCUCCACACGUAUUGCGAGAGAACGUGCGCUCUGCGAUACAUUUCUUGUGUGCCUUAAGAUGAAUGAUAGCAGAUUUGUCUGAAAACUUCUUGUCACCGCAGUUGCACUCGUACGGGUUCUCCCCAGUAUGGGUUCGUACAUGAGUUUUUAGAUGAUUGGGACUAGAGAAGAUCUGUACACAGGUGUCGCACCGAUGUUCUUUGCGAGGGUUUUUGGCUGUAGGUUCACCAUCCCCGGAUUGAAUGGCCUACAAUUAGUUAACAUUACCUAGUCUUAGUGUAAAGCUAAGCUAUCAAGAAAGUGUUACUAGGAGGGAAGGAUGUUUUUAUAACCUGCGCAACUGAUUAACACAGUGCAAAUGAUCUGUUUUGAUCUUCAACAGAAGAGUAGAACAAAUUUGAAUACGGGUGCAGUUAUCCACAGAAACGAAUUUACUUUUAGAUAGAUCAGCUUUUGAUCAGUGCCUUGCACUUCUACUUAGCGUAUUCUAAACAAGUGAAAAUAAAAGAUUACUUACGAUUUCCGAAGGAUUAAAGUAGACAAUUCACGUGACUUUUAGAUAUCUCGAACUAAAUCCGUUCUCACCUCGAAACAUUUGAAAGCAACGGCAGGAAAUUUGGAAGCAACUUUUAAACAUUCGUGAGCGUCGCGGGUCCUUUACUUCGCGCUCCACCGAGAUAUCUCGAAAUCACUUCCAUUUCUUUCAGUUACAAUAAAUAUUCUAAUUUACUGGAGGAAUAAAUAAUAAUUUUAGUUCUGCUUUCCCGGGGUCGGAGCCGACUCACCCGUGACCCGUGAGAUUAGAUGCUAAGUUGACGGAUUAGCCGAUUGCGCCAUGGCAACCUAACGUGGUUUGUCGUGUGAAAAUUAGCUAUAAUAUCAUCUCUUAUUGUCAACGAGCAAAGAUUUUACCUAUACGCGCGCGCUGUCUAAUUUGUUUAGAAAUGUCAUAAGUUACCGUAAUUUACGAGAAUGCAGGUUAGUCAAGUGUCUGUGAUUUGUCUGUCAUUUACCGUCAUGCAACGCACUCAUGCAUUAUACUUGGAAUCAUUCAUUAAGUGCCUAUGACCGAAAGCUUGGGGUUAAAAGCUGCACACUUAUUAUGGAAUAAUACAUAAAGCACCAAAAACGUACUUUUUGCUGACCUUUCGUCGAUAAAAAAUCACCACGAGGGUGGACUGGGGUUCGACGAACGGCUUUAAAUGACAGAUGGAUUCAUUUGCAACAUACACAUAUAGCUGUCAUAAAAAAAGUCUUGCGGGCAAAUGCGACACCUAUACGGGUAUGUUGCAAUUAAAUCCACCCGAUCAUUGAAUGGAGAAGGGAUGAAUGAGUACGGGACUCACAAACACGCACAGGAAAAAUUCGAGGUAUUUACAUACUAAGCAACGUGCACUACGACCCCACGUCUCCUUUUUUCUCCCAUUUCAACCAACCCUUAACAAUACCUACAUUGUGGCACUCAUGUGCCUGACACAAAAAAAUCCUCACAUACGAGUGGUACAGCGACGUUUAAGUGUACACUCCAAUAGCGUCUUGUUCAGUGUUGGUUAUUAACUUUCUCUGUGGAGACAAUUUUGCCAUGUAUAAUGCACUAAAUUUUGUUGUCCAACGUAAACCAAUGUAGCAGUCCCUGAUUUAAAAAAAGAUCUAGAACAUGAUCGGUAACCAGUCUGCGUGUCAGCUUUGACAUUUCCUUGGCAUCAUUCGUGCAGCAAAAUCGUGUCAAACAAACAUGGCAUUUCUGCGAUCCCUAAAAUAAAGGUGGCUAUACUUUACUUUAUUGAAUUGAUUGCAUGUUAUCAGUUAAUGUAUACAUAAAACUAUAAAAUACGUUAGAGGAAGAAAACGAAGGAAAGUAAAAUAAACUAAAAUAAAUAAAUGUUGCCACUGGAGCAGGAGACAGGACAAUGUUCCGGUUGGUAGCUUUCCCCAAGAACCAAAUGGAAUGCCACAAAUAACAGAAUCCUUCCCCCCAACCUUAACCGCCCUUUGCCGCUCUCCUCAUUAAAAGACACAUAAGUAACAUCCCACACCCCACUCGCUGGGAGGACAUAAGAUAGAGUAUUGCGAGUGUAAGUAUCUAAAAUCCUUUUCUGAAAACUAGGAAGCACUGACUCGUACUUUUGAUGUCUACAGGUAGCUUGUUCCAAGUAGCUAUCGAUCUGUAAUAAAACAAGACGCUAUGGGAGCGUACACUUCUGCGUCAUGGUUGUGCGAUUAAUUGUGAAUGCGGAGGAAUAGUAAGAAAGGAUAUUUUCCGGAUACUAACACCUAAAAACUAAUCCUCGCACGCCGACUAUUUGGCGUUCUGCAAAUAUACCCGUGGCAAAUCAUUAACUUGCCGUUCGCCCAAAUUAAAAAAAAAAAAUCCUCGAAGUGAUCUCGAGAUAUUUCGAACAGAUUCCGGUGUCACUACGUCAACUACCCAAAACAAGCCGAAAAGUCACCAACUUGCGUGGCCAAUCUUAUCCCGUACCUAGUGCAUAACUUAUAGCUAUUUUUCACUUCUCAAAUUACUUGGGUAGGAGUGGCGCAGUGGGUUAAUCCCUCAACUUAGGGUCUCGUCUAAUCUGACGGGUCACAAGCCAGUUCAAACCCUGGGCAAGCCAAAAUAAUAAUUCUUUCUUCCACGAAUAAAUUAAAGAAUAAAUCAAAGAACUCGAAGUGAUCUCGAGAUAUCCCGCAGUAAUUCGGCUCUCACUUUGUCGAAUAGCUGAUUCAGACCGAAGACCCACGGACAAGGGUCAAAGGGUUAAGUUUGAGUAACCGAUCCUUGUAAGACAUUUCUUUCGGAAAAUUCAAAAAACUUCGAAUCUCUGCCACGGACAUUUUCUUGCAAACGUUUGUCUUUACAAGUGUAAGGGGACCAAAGUUCACUAGCGUAUUGUAAUUUUGGCUCGACUGGAUUUUUUAGGGAAUAUACUUCCCCACUCUUUGAGCGUUUACUACAUCGGCAUUAAAAAGGUAUCGGAAAAAGGUUACCAUAGCUGUACCAUGCUAAGAUGAAAAUUUGUCGUGAUCCAUGUUUUAUUGACAUUGGAGUUGCCAUGGCAAAAAAAAUGACGCGAGAUUUUUUUUUACUGGCCUUGGAUUUCUCGGUACCAGAAGUUUUUUUUAGAAAUCGCUCAAGGGAGCUUGUACCUCCCUUAGUUGCCUCAAUUAUGAUUCUAUGAGAGCGUUUUGGAAAUCUUUUGAAAAUAAGUUUUAAGGGUCAUAUAGACAGAAAAUAAACAUAAUUGGCUAAUAUCUAAAGAAAAUUAUAAGGUCUGGAAAUGCAGUUUCAUGCUAAGUUUUGCUAAGUGUGUUUAGGAUCACCUUAAUUCAUCCGACGCAGACAGCUUCAGAUCGUCUCGCUUAUUGUUACCUAUGACACGAAAAGGAAUUUUAGUGGAGAAUGUUUAAGCUAGUGGGCUGUGAUGAAGUGGGGUGAGGGAGCUCUUCCUUUUGCACUGAAUAAAGCGACCGACUUAAAGGAGCUCUGCCACCGCGAAAUCUAUCAAGAUUCAAACAGUGGAAACCGCCACCAGUGAAAAAGAAAAAUAACAGCUCAAAACAGGAAAUGAAGGUAUAAAUGACACCGCUAAUACCGAAGUAGGCACGGUUGGACAAACUUAAAGAAGAUUGCUUUUAAGGCUUUUGAAAACUUGUUGGCCUAACAGUUUUUCAAAGUUCAUUUUUUUUUUGUCUUCAACUUUUUACAUAAUGCUUGGGGGCGAAUUUGCUUGGCAUAAAGCAGUGAUUUUGUCAUUUCAAUUAAUUUCUUUGCUUAUGCUAAGUUGCGUUGAGAGUAAAGACGUGUAAUUGACAAUAUUUAAACAAAAGGAACUAGUUAGCCGAGACGCAGCCCUUUAAAAGGACUCUGCUCUCUAUCCAUUAAGCGUAAGCGUAGUUCUUACUUAGAAUUCACGUUAUAUGUCUGGUAAUUCCCCUUUUGCUUAGUCAUAUUUUUUUUGUUUUGUUUUGUUUUCAUUUCAGUAUAUUUACGCAGCAUCUCAAUAUUACAAAUGUCCACAUAAUGGAACAUCAAAAGGAGUAAAUGCUGUUCCGACUGCAGAGGGAAAAGAAGAGGGAAAUUCAUCGGAAGUACUAGAGCAAGUCAACGUCAAUGGAAUCGCCUCCCAAUUUACACUACUUUAUUCUAUAAACCAGCAAAGAGACGUCUUAAUUUCACAAAACGGUUUGGUACUAAACAAUACCAUUUGCAAGACAUUACUAGUUCCAAAGAAAUUAAACACAGGAAGCCGGCCAAAUACCUGCGAUUUGUGCUUUAGUUGUCAGCUUUUAAAAUGUCACCUAAACAUGGGGCAUCCAUUAGUUACCUUUCUCAACAGUUAUAAGAUGGUGCCAUUGCUCUCCCUCAAAAAUUGCUGCAGUUCAUUAAGACCUACUGGAUACUUUUCAUUGGUCUUAACGAGCAUUUGUUGUACGUGGAGGUCAGAGGAGUCAGCCCAGCGAUAUUCCUCCGUCAAGGAAUUCCAAGACAUCAAUAGACAAUUACUGAAGCAAAGGGAAAGUAACUUAGCUGAUUUGUUUGGUUUUAGUUCUUACAUGUCAUACACGGCAAGUGCUUUACAAAAAUCGUUGAAUACACGGAAAGGCAGAGAACUCACAACUAAAAAAGUCAUCCCAGACUUAUCUCAAACUUCAAAGCGUGUCACAAAUUUUACGGGAGCAGGGUGUUACAGCAACAGAUCAGUCAGAUUUUUUAUCGUGGAUUCUACUGAAUAUUGGAGAGUCGCAGAGAAUCUAGGUGUCCGUAGGUCAUACGAUCAGGAGGACAGGACAGCCUUGGUGAUUGCUGAUUUAAAGGUAGUCUUACUUGGGAGACGUGAUUGAUUUAAAACCAUUCAAAAAAAUGUGUUUGAUCUCACUGGAUUUUAGAGGCCAGUUUUCAAAUAUUUAUGUUUAUUAUAAAAAUUUCACGCGGGAGUUUUGGGGUAUGAUAUGUGGAAGCUUCCUGUUGUUCCGGUAAUCGGUUGCGUUCAUAGAUGUUGGGCACGUGAGUGUAAACAAUCUAUUGCCCUGUAUCGGCUAACUUUUUGAACUUAUUUGCUAUUCAGUGGAUGAAGUCACGUGCUAAGUUUCAGUUUCAGUUUGUUUAUUUAUUUGUCAGAAAAAAAAAGUCAAUAAUAGUUGAAAGUUAAAGGGGACGUAAAUUACACAAGUAAAAGAAUUAGAAAGAUUUUUUUCUGGCGAGGAAGCUCAAAUUGAUAAGACUAUAAGAAAUACGUGCAUCGCAGAACCUCGCGAGGUUCGGGAAGAAGGCCCAUAAAAUAUCAGGGAUGGAAAGGUAGGAGAGAAUUGAAGUAAAUUGUGUAGCUAGGGAGGGCGCGUUUCGACACUGGCUGUAAUAUUGGAAGGUGAGAUGUAGUUAAUCUCCUUCUGUUUGGAUUAAAUGUGAACCCAGUGUUCUGGCCAUAAAAAGGAUUUUCUGGGAUUUAAAUGGGUUGGUGUUGGUGUUGGCGUUGGUGUUGGCGUUGGUGUUGUGGAAGGGUAGUCUAUGUUGGGUAGUUCCUGUCCCCUGUUCACCCCAUUUGAUCCUCCUUCAUGUCUUAGCAUAGUCAAUAGGAAAUAGCUGUGAUAGUGAAUAACUGCAGGCGAAUAUGCAGUUGCAUUUGUUUAAUAGUGGCAGUGAGUGGAUGAAAUGGUAGGAGAUAAUGCUGCUGUGAAAAUAACAAGUAUUUAUUGUUAAGUGAACUAAACUAAAGCGAUGAUAGUGUUUGCACUUGUUAUAGUACAUAAUCACACUUGACAGCUAAUUGUUUGUAACAGUAAGGUGCAAACAUAAUCACUAAAAUAGAAAUUACAUGAAGUAAUGUUGAGGAGAAUUAUGAAAGUGAUCUUGACUCAUGAUUAUUGAAUAUGCGGUACUUUCAUUAGCCCUGAAUCCCUGUAAACAUAUGAAAUCAUUUAUGAAAGUGUUCAUGGUUCUUCGUAUACAUGCAUGAGAAACAAAUACCCAUGCAAGAGUGAAUUUGUAUGAAGUGUCCAUAUACAAGUCAUGUUGAAGGUGAUCAGUUUCUCAAUUUUCAACAUGUAUGCGCUUGUUGAGACAUGGUUGCCAGAGGCAUAGUUUUGGAAAUUCCCAGGCUGACGGUCAAAUGUACAUUCAUGUACACUUUCCCUGACCACAUUGAAGUGAAUUGAUGAACUGACAAUUUGUCCAGAUAAUGGCUUCCAAAUUCCGGUCAAAACUUUGUGUACUGGAGACAGAUGACGUAAAACAAAAGACUUCUUUGUUUUCUGUUCAGGGAAAAAUCUGCUUGUUAUUGUUUCUUGGUUUUUGUCGUUUUGUUUUACAUAGUCUGCGUGAGAAUAAAUGAGUGGCGAAAUCAUGUUGAAAUACUGUAUAAGUUUGGAUAAAGAGCAAGCAAAUCAAAACACUUAACGGACAAACAGCAGCAAAAAAAAAAGCAAAUAACACCUACAUGGAGAGAAUUAGCUAAGGACAAAUGAUGGUAGUAGCACUUCGUAUAUUACGCCGGAUUUAGUGAACUGAAAAGGACUCUCAAGUCUAACACCCAAAAGUCCUGACCUUUCUUCGUUUUGAGAGAUUGGAAAAUACUUCGAGCGAUUGUUGGUCAAAAGCAUCCAGGAAAAAUACGACCUUGGACGUAAACUUUGCUAUUGAGAAUGUGUAUUUCGUCGAAGACACAGUGUCUGAGUACAUUUUUCGCCAUUGUUAUAUCAGUUUGAAGAAAAGGCAUCAAUCUACAUGAAGGAGCCGCCCUUACUUUGAAAUUGAUGGUUAGAAUGUAAGCUUGUUGUAGCAAGAGCCUGUUUUAGUGUGCCUAUCUCUUCUUUGUUCAUGCAGUUUAGAAAUCCAAAUUCAUCUUUUAAAUAGAAGACCAAAUGGGGACACAAUUAAUUAGGACUAUUUUCUAGCAGCACCUGGCAUGCCUCUGGCGCCUUACUUUUGCUCUUAGGUAACUUGGAAAUCUUCCUUCAUAAUAGUCAUAUGCUGGGCACCCUGGAUGAGCACCCUUCAAUUUUUCGUGGAGCACAGGUUUAAAAUCCACUGAGACCGCCCUCUAUAUCUUCCUUCAGGUUGACUGGACUACUGCAACAGCAAAUUUAUUUAACUGCUCAUUGACCAACUACAACGGGUGCAGAAUGCUUGUGCAAGACCUUUCGUGCUUAUUGGUUAAUUAAGAAUCUACUUUAAACAUUCUUCAUAAUUUAGCUCCAUCAUCCCUUUUUUUCUCUUAAGCCUCCAUAUCCGUUAUAAUGAAUGAUAAACUUUUACUUUGUCAUCCAAAGCUUGCUGAUAGGCCCUUUACGUUUGUAGCAUUUUUAUCUACAAACCUAGUCAAUACGUUUGGGACACUUAUCUUUCAUACAUAAAACAUUGUAUUUCGUGUUAAAUUCUUAACUAUUGUCUCCCUUAUGGGGCUUUGCAGGAAUAAUGAAACAAACAAUUCAAAAUAAAACAUAACAAACUUAAGAAUCCCAACCGCUCAACCACGCUACUUCCUUGCACAGAUUAUGGACGUCAACUUUAUUCGAGGGGCGAGGGGGCGCUCAGGAGAAAGCUUGGUAUGGCGAUGUUUAUGUGUGUGAAUUAUCUGUUAGUUGCAAAAUCAUCUGUUACUGUACAAAACCGUGAGAGAAAGACCGCAUUCCAGAACCUUUCUGUUAGUAUUGUAGGUUAACUUUAUAUUUAUCUUUAUCGUGUUUAUUUUAUUAUUAUUAUACGAUUAGUAAUUAUUUGAUCAUUGUUAUUUGCACUUGAACAGUUUCCUUGUUAUUAUUUUGGUUGUUCUUGUUGCGACAUCCUCACUUAAUCAUGUUUUUUAGAAUGAUGCCCAUUUUGUCUUGGACGAGGAUGUAAGAAUCAGUAACUCCUCAAUUAGUGAGUAUGAUGUAUCCCGAGCAAAGAUAUUUUACGCUUUAUUUCUUUUUAAACGACAACAAUGUCAACAAUAAUGAUGAUAAUAAAUCUCAGUACCUUAGAACGAACACAGCCAUCCAUUUCAAUGUGUGGAGGAUAUUGCCAUGUGUGAUACUCCGUGGCACUUGGAAAUACGUCAAGUAACGGUGCCAACAAAUUCAGUACCGCUGAGCGUUUACGCUUUGCUUUUAAAAUACGAAAACGUCUCUCGUGGGGUUCACUGAUAAAUCGUUUAUGGACUAACAGACAUUCCCUUUCGAAUUCCAGUUGAUUUCGUUAUGGCCUAUAUGAAUGGCAAUCUGACAAGACGCCUCAUAUCAGGUGGUGGAAGCUCCCCAAGGUGUGCACCACUGCGGAGUGGCAAAGCUUGUGUUAAAGAGGUUGUGACGUCAAAUUUUAGAGAUAUAGUGCUAGAUGACACAAAAGUACGUAAGAAGUUGGUUUUGAUUCAUGUAUAUCCCAGUUCUUAUAAUCGUCAUUUGCCCAUUCAUGUGAAAUGAAAAGGGGAAUGAAGCCUUAUUUACUUUUUUGGUUACACGUUUUAAGUUGCUCAUUAACAGCUUGCUCGGACGUCAGUUUUGUUACCCAUUGCCCUUUGCUUAAGGAUGUUAAACUCAAAAGUAUUUUUUCAAGGCCUGUGGCGAAAAACGUCGCAGAUUCUCUUCACUCUGAAACUGAUGCCAUGCCAGUAAAUGGAUAAUAAAGACUUCAGUCAGUGCCACCCUUAUUAUGUUAUUUCAAUUUCUUUUUUUUUCCUUUUAACGUUGUCUUUACCGCUAGGGUAAUUCCAUAGUAAAGAGUCUUACCCGCUUGAAAAACCUGGUAACAACUUUUUUUUCCUUCACAAAGGGAACCUUUACCCACGUAUUUGUGUGAUAGAUUUUAACAGCAAAUGUCGCUGUAAGAUUUAAGUGUAGCAUGGAUUUUAAUUUGUUUUCCUAACAGGAUGUUUUGUUGCUGUAUUAUGCUCCGUGGUGUGCCUACUGUAAAUCUCUUGAGCCCAUUCUACUUACUGUUGUGAAAUUCUUUCAAGACUGCAAUGAUGUUAUUAUUGCAAGGUGAGCGGAACUUUAUCGAAUGUAACUUCUAACCUACUUGCUUUUUGCGUGACGUUAAUUCCACUAACUUUACCAAAGAGACCUGCUUCUUGAAGCUGAACGGCUUGGAAACUAAAAUUUGAUAGCAUUUUGUUUUGAAUAAGGGUAUGGGCAUGAUUUUCAGUUGAACAUGCCUAGCGAGCGCAAAAAUCGCAUCCAGUCUUAGGAUUAAUGAGAGAGGGAAAAUUUUAUAUAUUUAGGCAUGUCAAAAUUCAAGGGAACAUUGGUACUUAGAAAUAACAUCUCAUAGGCAUGGAAAAAAAGGGUUCAUGACCUCGCAGCCCAAAAUUGACCUUGACGCAGCUAAACUUAGGUCCCAGAUCUCUCGCCGGGUUGAUAAUUCAUUCCCAGUUUUUGCUCCUCUGGUUUGGCAUGCCGGGCAUGCCGAUGGUGAAGCCAUUUGGUUUGGCAUGCCCGGCAUGCCGGGCAAGAAAUUGGCAUGCCCAGCGAGACUGAUUUUGAUGUUCGCUUCAGCAUCAUAUCCUGAGAAUCACAUAUAAUCACCAAAUAUAUCUUAGGGAGCUUGAAGUUACAGGUUUCAUGCCUGGCAAUAAAUGCAGAUUAUAACAAAAAAAGUCAUGUUUGUCACAAUGUGUGUCACGGGAUCGACUGGCAAAACCGAAGACAGAAGCCUGGAUUUAUAAAUAAAAAGCACAACAAAACAACAUUAUUCAUGCAUAAAAUAGAAUACUUAACUUGCAAUCAAAGAUUAAUCCUUUUAUUUCAAACCGAUACUGACAUUUCUGGGUCCAUAUUUAAAUUUGAUCGCGGAAAAGCGUCUUAAACAAUAAGAUAACAAAUCUUCUCAGUAUAAACUUAUCCAUGCUUAAGUUUUAUCGCGUCGGAAUGUUUCCUGGUCAACAGCAUAAAAGACUGGUGAAAAUUAAGCUUACCAGGUCGUUCAAGUGAGUACGAGAGUACGACGUAAAUACUGCAAAGACGUUCUGAUCUGGUGAAUUUGGACUGCCUUCUCAGAGAGAUUUUGCUUAGUUUUUCAGUGCGCUUCUUGUCGGCUAUGCGAAUCUCGCAAACCGUUUUAGUCCUUGCUGACGAUAGUCCUUUGAGCAACGUCAUCUGCGUCAUCCGGAGAUACCCCGAGCACGCACGAAAUCGGCCGAAUUUCCGCAGAAGUGUUUUCGGAUGACGAUGAAUCUAGUUUGUUGUAGCGUGGCAGUUGUGGCGUCACGAUGUCGUCAUGUCUCUUCGCAUUUGUUUGUCUUUUUUUUCUGCGGUGCAUGGUUGAGAUGUUGGUGAAAGCUGGACAAGAAAUGGAUUCUGCGAGAGACUGUAAGUACAAAUUUAGUAUUAAUUUGGUAAAGAAAAAGCCUGAAUAUCGACCAAAUCCCGUGAAUUAGUCUUUUGGCAUUCAUUUUAUCUUACUGUUGAGCAUGCCUAAGAACUCCGGCAUAAGUGUCAUAAGUGGUUGUCAACUCGUUCACUUCGGAUUGUUUCUGAUUGUAUGUCUUGUAAUCUUCUUCUGCUGCUAAGAAGACUAGAGAAAACCUCAAAAAUAAAGAAACCAAAGCUAAAAAAAGUCAGAUCUAAUUUUAUAGCUCGAGUAUAAUUAUUUUUGGCACCUACGGUCAUAUUUUUUCACUGUACUGGUAAAGUUACUUAUUUUUGCAGCAUAGUUUGACUGUUGUUCGAAAGACAAUCAAACGGAUAUUACAAUCACUUUUGGAGACAAAAUAAAAUAUCCGUAAAUCAAAUGCCAAAAUCAGAUUUGGAUUUCGCUUUAUAAAAAUGAACAUGCUGCAGGUGUCAAUGCAAAGUUGUAAACAACUCAAUAUAAGCAGUCUGUGAAUGUGCGUUUAGGUCCACAAAACUAAUUUUUCUUUUGGACAUCUCAUCCAAGCAAAGACUUAAGGCUUACAUUGCUUGUCUACGAGUGUACUACAAAAUGCUUUGCUACAGUAAGCAUCUGAGAGGCGAUUCUGGUAAAUUUAUAGGACGCUAAAAUGGAAAUAAUUCUAAGCUUAAACAACCUGGCUGGGUCCGACUUUUGAAUUACAAAAUGUUCACGUUUGCUGGCUCUACUUUAAAUGAACAUGGUUUUUGAAAUGAUUUUGUACUAUUUUAACCCGAAAAUUAUGACUGGGUUGUAAAGCUUUUAAAACGGACGAAAACUAAGCUAAUAAACAUGUUCAAUGUAAAAAACUAAGAUUUAGUCGCUUUUUCAACUUUGCUUUGUGGGCCGAAAAAUUUACCCUUACGCAAAAACAAAAGCAAACAAUGAGGCUUUUAUUCGACAUAUUUUCUCAGAAUUUUAUCUGAUCAAUUUAAUGUCACUAGCAUUGUUUUCGUAUAGGAAUUUUCCUAAUUAUAUGAGCUUUUACUUUAAUAAUUUUGAUACUCUAUAAACUUCUCAUUUGAUAGCUUCACUUUUUUAUACACCGAUUGAGAAACAAAUUCGCUGUCGUUAAAUCCUAUUUUAUGACCUAUUUAUUAGAACUCUAGGUAACAUACCAAAUGGUGUAACCGGACAGGCUUUAACCUUUGGUCCUAAUUUAUUUUUUCUUCGCAUCCCCUAAUCAGUUGACGGGCCGUGAGAGAAUAUCGCCACAAAAAGAUGCGAAAAAGUUUUCGCUGAGUUUCCUUUACAUAUUUCGGCUUUAUAUGGGUCUACACCUUACCUGCUUAAAAAUGAAACUGUUGUUCAAUUAAGCCAGUCAAACUCGGUAUAAUCUUGACUUGCAAAUCCAAAUGCAAAGGUUUAUUUCGCAGUAGAAGAGCGUGUAAACAUCAUCGAACAACGCAAUGUAAAUUGGCUAAUGUGAAACCACGUUUCUUUCACUUUAUUUACCAUGCAUUUAUCUCAAUUGCACACUCUUGUGAAAUUAGCCUCAGACAAUUAGUUGCGACCUUUAACAGACUCAACAAGCCAGUAUGAAAAUAUGUUAAGAGGAAGCUGAGCUCUACAUGUUCUUUUUCUUUUUUCUCAUAUUGCCCUUUUGCAUGUGUUAACAUUCCAUUUCUUUUUUGUUACAGGUAACUUCCAGACAUGACGAAGAGAUACACAAUUACUUUUCUAGAGAGCAAUUCUUUGAUACUGUCAGUUAUUACUGACUUACUUUGAGUUAAAAACAGAGAAAACAGACACUGGUAAUGACACAAAAACAUUAAUCCCAGGCAAGCCUACAAAACAAGAAAGAGGAACUCAGACUCCUUAUCAAAAUGUGAAACAAGAUAAAAACAGCUUUUCUAACGUAGGGAAAUUUGCUUUAGAGAGAUUUGUAAUUGCAACGUUAUAUUCAAGCACAUUGCAUUGUCAAACAUCAUAAUUUACUGAAUAAUGAACAAUGAUUUUGGGGCUUAGCUCAGUUUGUAAUGAACUUUGAAAGAUAUUCUAUAACCUUGUAUUUUUAAAAGCUUUCAUGGAACAUAGAUGCAUUUUAUUAUACAAUGAAAAUAGUGUCUGUCUCUCUUUUUACUGAUUUCAGUCAAUUCCAUUUUAUUCGCAAUGUGAAAUGGGAAUCCUAUUAAAGACUCAUUAAAAGGGGUGAGGAGUUUUUACAAUCCCCCAACAGGUCAUCUCCACGAUGACGCUGUUUUAUUACUACGGCAGAAUCCCUCAGGGUUUUACUUUCUUGUAAAAAUUAGAGCUUUUGUUAUUUAAACUUCGCUGGGACAACCAAAUGGAAUAGCAAUGACGUCAUCGUGUAACCGUACAUCAAAAGAUAAGCACGGUGAUCUGUUUAGUUUUUUUUUUUUUUUAGCCAGGUUUAAAAUAUCUGUAGAUUCAAGGAAUUAUAACCUGUGCGUUGAGAGCAUGCCAGAGACCGAUUUUGGCAUGCCCGGCAUGACCCAGAUUAUGGCACGUCCGGCAUGCUAGAGAAUUUGUCAUGCCGGGCAUGUCAGAGAAUGUGGCAUGCCCGGCAUGCCGGAGAUUUUGCUGGGUAUGAAUUACUUAUUACUGGAACCUAGGCUUCUCGCGGCCUGGGUGAGAAGGUCACGGAACCUCAAAUUGUGCUUACAGGGCAUGCGAAAUUCUGUUGCAUGCCAAUUUCAAUGCAAAACCACUCUGGGGCCACCCCCUCUAUUACCAGUGAGCAAAUCAUUGACGAUAGGCAUGGGAAAAAUCCUUGCAUGCUAACCAACAUUGAAAACGUAGCAGAAAUGUCCUCAAUUGCUUAGUCAUGCCCAUACAGAAUUUCCUGACAUGGAUGAGGGAAUUUUCCGUAAACAGCAUGUGAUCAUGCCGGCUAGGACGUAUUGCCUCCGUAUUGCCCCUUUUUACAGCUAGCUAGGCUCAUUUUUAGGUUCCGUGGCCUGAAAUGACGAAAAAUUCAUGCCCUAAAUGUAAAAAGUCCAAAAACGUCCUCGAAAUUUUAGUUUCCAAGCCGUUAAGCUGUUUACUCAAAAUAUAUUGGCGCGUUUGAGGAUUUUUAGGAUACCGGCCACCUACUCCAAACUUCACUUGAAAUUGUAGCAUCGGGAAUAUUUGUAUUUGUUCCUACCUGCUUGCUAAUCACCGUCUAAAUGGCCGUUCAGUUUGCGUUCGAGAAUUAGUCCAAGAAGUAGCAAUAAACAUUACAGUUUAAGAGCAAAAUGGUUAUGGUUCCAGGAAAUAAGACAAACAUCACAUUCGCGUCAUAAAUUGUUUUGUGCCACCCGUGUUUGUAAUCUUCCCAAAGACAUUACCAUGUUCAAGUGUAUUCAUUUGUUAGAGCAAGAGAACAUAAAUGCCUCAGAGUUAAUUUUCCAUAGAAGCCCUAUUACCAUCUUAAUCCUUUUACAAUAUCUUUUGAACAGUAUUUGUUAAGCCAUCGAGGUCUAGAUUUUCUCUUUUAGCACAUUCCAAAAUAUUCACAUAAUCUCCCGAGAGUGAGAUGAGCACCUUUGUUAUUCUUUGACUGCGAGGUUGGAGCCAGCUUACCGCUCAGAAUAGAUCUUCUGGGAUGACGAUGAAACCAAAAGAAGGCCGAUAUUAUUAGUCUACUAUGUUGCAACAUUCAUAGGUUCCUCCUUGCAUAUUAAUUAAUUGCCUUCCGUAUGUCUUCUGCAUACUAAUUUGGUAUAGGUAAACUGCGUAAGUGGUUAGUCGUUUCUUUUAAAAUGUUAAUUUAGUGCCUAAUCAAUGUCUAGGUAAAAUCGCGUUCCUCCAUAUCUACAGUUAAUAAGUGGAUAGCCGUUUAUAAGUUAAUAACUGUAAUAGAAACGAACGCUUUGCUUAGGCUUGCCCGGUCUCUUCUAACCCUGAUUGGCUCAUGUAAAAUCUAUUACGUGUUCAAGAUAAAAACGGGUAUUCUUUUAACGCGCUAUCUCUACAGAGUGUAACUGAAAAAUCUUAAAAUUAUCCUGACCAAACAUGGGAUGUAAACAAAACUCAGACACAGAGGUUAAAUGAAAGAUCUCUAUUUCAAUCUUGAUUGGCUAUUACAAAACCGUCUUCUCUCUCGAUGAAAUGACUAUAUCUUGAUGUCUUGUUUCACGCUCCGUUAACCAGUAGGAGGGACCGAAUUAACCCCUUUUUUGCGCUGGAAUCUCAUGAACUUGAGGGGCAAUGAAUUAACGCCGAUGACGUUAUAACCUUUUGUUUUUAUCUCAUGAAUAAAAUACACAGAAAUCUGAUUAAGAUAAGGUCAAGUGUUGGUUGAACCGGUUUUACAGUUUUUUUAGUUAUUUUUAGAUGGAUAAUGUCAUAGUUUUAUUUUAAUUAUCUGUGUCAUAUCCUUCUGUGGGUAUCAUGUCAUUGUCACUUUUUAAUUGUGUGCCUCAAUAUCCUUAUUUGGAUAUGUUAAUGUCCAAGUUUAUGUUUUGAUCGGUGGACGUCUUUCAAGAAGCAAUUUGGUUUGGCUGGCGGAACAAAGCUGUUUGCAACACGCCAAAUUCGCCAUUUUUAGUGCUCUGUUUUUACUGUACGUGGGCACCGUUUAAAGCCGUCCGAGCCGUAUUAACCGAAAGAUAGAAGAGACCGGGCAAGCAUAGUCAAAGGUUUUGUUUCUAUUGAAAAGUGCAGUUAUUAACUUAUAAGCGGCUAUCCACUUCUUAGGGUGAAUUCGUAUAACCCGUUUCUUGUAUGCUAAUGAGGUGCACAAUACUGUGAUAAGUAGAAAUACGUGUAUCGCAGAACCUCGUGGAGCUCGGGGAAGGAGGCCCGUAAAAUGUUAGGGAUGUGAGGGAGGGAGAGAAAUAGAGAAUAUUGCGUAACUGGGGAGGGCGUGUUUGAAUAGCGGAUGUAAUAUUUAAAGCAGAGAUAUACUCAAUCUCCUGUUUUGGUUGGAGUAAACAUAAACCGAGUGCCCAGGAUUUUAAAAGGAUAUGGCAUUUAAAUGGGAUUGCUAUUAUUAAGACAGUGAAGCCAAAGUUGUGUUGUUCUUGUGUUCACCGUAUUUGACCAACCUUCACGUGUGUUUAUUGACAAAAGGAAAUGAGUGUGACAGUAAUAUGUGGUGGCAUUUGCUUAAUAGCAGUUAACUUGUGCCAUCUCCUAUAAAAAAUAUUGUAAUAAUUAUUUGUGAACGGUGUUAGUAGCGGUGUAUUUUAUAGCCCUCAGAUUCAGAUGUAGUUGUUUUCAAUAUUGCAUGGGUAUCAAAUGGAUGAGUGGAUGAAAUGCCGGGAGUAAUGCUGUAAUGAAAACAAUAAGUAAACACUGGUUAUUGGCGAUAAAGUUAUUGUUAGUGUACUACAGCAAUGAGAGCUUUUGUACUUCUUUUUGUACGACAAUAUUGGUUGUUAUAGUAGGGUGGAGACAUAAUCACUGAAAUAGAAUUAGCGUCUAGAAAUGUUAAUGUCAUUGAGGAUGUAGUUUACUGCCAUGAGGAGUACGAAAGUGAUCAUGACUUAUGAUUAUUGAGUAUGAAGGCCUUUAUUAGCAAUGAAUCUCAGUAAAAAGUACCAAAAGUACGCAAAGUACAUACUUAUUCAUGUACAUGCAUGAAACAUAUGUAUUACCCAUUCUGCAUUCAAGAGUGAAUUUGUAUGAAAUGUCCACAUAAAAGUCAUGUUGAAGGUGAUCGAGGUGAUUGAUUUCUCAGUUCUCAACAUAUGUGAACUUACUACAACCAUAAAUUGUGAAAUUCCGAGACUCACUGAAAUGUACUUUUUCUCUGACCAAAUGAAUUAACAAUUUGUCCUGAUAAUGGCCUCGAACCUCCGACCACAGGCAUCACCAUGUAUGCUAACGUGAGGUGCAGAAUGGAUUGAUUUUAUAGGAAUCAGCUUGCUGUUUAAUGUCCAAUUCUUGAAAGAAAUUGCCAAUCCAACGUGUUUUUAAUAUUAGGAAACAAUGAAAGAAAUAUGGCAACUUUAUCAUACACUAAUAUUCUGAGGAGAUCUUAAAUGCAGAUGUCCUUUUUAAAUAAUAGAAUCGAAAUGGAAGGCAAGCAAUAAUAUAUUUUUGUUACGUUUCAUUUAAAAGGCAUAGCUGUGUUUAUGUCUAAGGCUGCUACAUAUUAUAUCUUACAUGGGAUGGUUUUUGGGACGUAAAUGUUAUGAAAAUUGUAAAUAAUAAUUUUGUUGUGCAGGACUUUGUUCGAAAAAGAAAAAGAACGCUUCCCUACAAUGUAUAUAUCACACAUUAUGUUCUAGACUGCUCAUAUAUAGUAGCUUACAGUCGGUGAGGGUAAAAGGCGGAAUGAGUUUGCGGAAUGGCAUGUGGCAUGGCUUGCGGAAUGCAUAAUUAUGCGGAAUUUAAUAUACGCAGAUCGUUUUCAAAGAAGUAAAUUAAACUGAAAAGAGCGCCCUUUUUUGGCGCCAAUCAAUUUGCAAACACAGCCUCUGCUUUAAUGUUGCGGGCUUAACAUACGAUGACAAUCAAAAAACCACGAAGGCUCAUUGUCGACCAGCCUUGUCCGCACAGCAGAAAAGGUUCUUCGUCUAUUGAAGAAAAGAUGUUUUCGAAGGUCACGCUCCCUUCUACUUUAAUUAAUUUUUUCAGCAAAAGAUGUUUGUACGAUUAACUUAACAGUUUCUUGUUACCUAUAUUUGUAUUCCAAACCGUGUGAGAAGUGUUUCUUUAUGACACUGUGGGUUACGUGAUCGUGACAUAAUUGAUAAUAUUCAGAGAUGAAUCGAAUCUUGUAUUUUGUUUCCUCAGUUGCGAGCUUGAGACGUGCGAAACAGAAAAAUCGACCAAAAUGUUAAUUUCGUGGCAAGAGUUGAAAAAUCAAGUUCUUUCAUUUUUGUUCAUAGAUAGCUUUUAGGUUUAUAAGAAACCUAACGUAGAUUGUUCCCGCCGAAAGCCUUUCAUUGGUGAGAAAAAAUAGAACAUCGGUUUUCGAUGUCGGAGUCCGUCUCAGACUGCAUUAAUUUUUAACCUGAAACUCGCUAACAUCAACAUUCGUCGCGUUCGCAAACGAAGCUGGAUGGAGAAAUUUGGACACUUUCCACGAACAGAAAAAUUCUUUCCUUCCACUAGAAGUCUUUUUCUGGACAACAGGGAAGCUGGUCGUACUGAAAUAAUUUUAAAAGUGAGGGACAAAAUUUAAGUUCGUUACUUAUUUUCGACCGCAAUAUUUAACAUGUGGUAUAACUCCAAAUUCUCUUCUUGCUAUUUAAAUCACACAUUUAGACAUUCAUUUAAAACAUACCUGGGAAUUGGCUUGGGUAAGUGAAGGAAAUCUCUGUAAGACACCAUCGAAGUUCAGGAAUUUUCAUGGUAGGCUGGCGGUAAUUGUCUGUAUUGUGUAAACACUUCCAAUUUCGAAACGCACAUAAAUAGAUAUUUACAGCCUAAAGGCUCGUUUUUCGUACGUCUUGUAGGUUUUUCCUUUGCAAAAUUGCUUUUUUCAAUCAAACAAUGGGGUAAAAAGGUGAAACUGGGUUAAUUUUAGCCAUUUUGAAACACUGAACUUUACCUGUCUGCGAGUCUGCGUGACAGUCUGUUCCGUGACUACACGUGUCAUAUUGUACGUUUGAAGAGACGGAAGUAACGCAACGUAAUUCUUGAUCGAAGGAGUAACAUUUUCGGUGCCGACAGUAGUUUGAAGAAGCAAAAAAUCAACCGCACAAUUAAGUAUUCUGGUACUCCCUUCUAUCGAAAAAUAAGGAUUUUAACGAUGGUAAUUCGCUAAGGAUAACGGAAAAAGAAGAUAUUUCGUCUUGUUACUUUACAAUCGAGGAGACUAAGUUAUUUUGGUCACGCCUCACUAUAUUUACCGGACUUUAAUGUUUUCGUUUGGAGGCUGCCUUCAGGAACCCUAGCCAAUUCUCAGGUAUGUUUUAGAUAAAUGCCUAAAUGCGUGAACCAGUGAAGUAGUUGCUCACUCAAAUUGGCGCCAAAAAAGGCGCGGCAAUGACGCGCGCAUGCCUUUCAGUUUAAUUUAUUUCUUUGCGCCAGUUUCCAUAUUUUACAUUCUGCAUAAUUAUGUCAUUCCGCAAGCCAUGCCACAUGCCAUUCCGCGAACUCAUUCCGCCUUUUACCCUCACCGGCUUACAGUGAAAUUAUCAUCUCCGAAAACUCUGAACCCGUUGUUGCUCUUGGUGUAAUGGCUGAUCGGCUGUUUCCAUCUCAGUCCGUUUGGAAAGGUAUAUAUAUGUUAUAUGUUUUUGUUAGCUUUUUUGGACCUAUAACCGUGCACAACGUUCAAUAGCAUUCCUAUCAUUUUGAACUUAGGCCCGAUUCAGACGUCGAACUUUUCAUGAGCCGAACCAAAUUCGAAUUAAGGCCGACCCAAAUUAUUUAGACGAGCGGAAUUGAUUCAGACGCCGAUCUUAAUUCCAGCCGGUCAAACUACUUAAAAAAUACCUUAUAAUAAUUUAUGCAUUAGGUUCUGUACAUGAAAAGUUUGGUGUCUGAAUCAAAGCCGUUCCAAGGUCGCUCCAAAAGCGAAAUUCCCGGCCGGGCCAGGCGAUAAUUGAUUCAGACGCCGAACUUUUCAUGUGUUUAAUUCAAUGUAUUUGGUUCGGCUCAUGAAAAGUUGGGCGUUAAUUUAUUCAGUCACAAUUUGUAAACAAAAAACAAAUGAUUGUGCACGGCCAGGGAGCUUUCAACGUAAACUACAGCAUAAUUGUUUUGAACUUUAAUGUUUGCCGGCUUUUCUAACCAGUCUCCUGUACUAACUAUGAUUGAAUACAUAGGGCAGCAAAAAAUACCGCAAUUACAGCUGCCUUUACAUGUCUCUAGUUGCUGUAGCCUUUCUAGCCUCCCACGCAGACGUUCGUAGGGUUCGUUACGCGUUCCUGCCCCACUAACGUCUGCUGAAACGAAAAGCCACUUCCGUUCUUUGGCUGUUUGAUUUUGUUUAAAGAAACCAAUCAGCACUGACUACUUCUGACGCGUGAAGCCAAUCACAUGCUGUGAAGUAAGGGAAGUUCAACUCUAGAGUAAUUUUCGCGAUAACCAAAAUAUCUAUCAUAUUCCAUGUUCUCAUUCAACUCUUAAGAAGGUUAUCAAUUCAGAGCGAUUUCUUUGUGCUUCUAUCUUGGGUAAGGACAGGGUUCGAUUUUUGAUUCAUUGCCGUCGACAUUAAAGGGCUAAUCAAAACCGCAAUCUUGAUGAGCGAUCUUUCAUCUGCAAGGCGCGAGGCCUGUACAUAUGUUUUCCACCGCUGAGUACAAACUGUACCAACCGAUAUUUGCCCGCUACAAAAAAGAUACAGCAACGAAAAAAUAACCGUGCAAAAAGUCCGGCUCAAAAAGAUUUUCUCGUUAGCGCAAUAUAUAAAAUCCCAUACCGUCUGAGAAAAAUAAUCCGACCUGUCAACCCUUGCAGGUUUUACUUCCAACAUUUCCUUGCUCGUACACCCCUUGCAAUACAAUAGGCGAAACCACAACAACAGCAUGGCCAGUAGCUUCAGAAAUUGAGUCGAAAACAAACGAUAAAGCUUGAUCAAUAGGCGACCUUGCACAUCCAGUUAAAACAUUCACAAACACAUCAAUCGUCUGCUGCAAAAAUUAGACCAUGGCUUUUGUUUGAUAGGGUUUCACGCCCUAAUACCAAAACGUUUCGGACAUCAACAUGACACCUAAACCUUUUUAGUUCGCUAUCUGGUCCCGGGUAAUAUUUAAAAAAAUAACAAACACGUAUUUAACCAAAGUUGGAAAACGGCCUUUGAUUGGUCCGUAUCUACGAACGGAAGUGGUUCUUCGUUUCAGCAGACUUUGGUGGGGCAGGAACGCGUGACGAACCCCUAACAACGUCUGCGUGGGAGGUUUAGUCUCUCGUCUGUCUCUUUUUGACUGCUUCUUCGCUGGGCAAAGCGAUGUUUCUCUGCUGCAAGUUUCUUGCUGUCGUCUAUUUUUGCUCACGCUAAAUUUCAAUUCGGCGUUCUGUUGUUGCUCCAGAGGAGUUCUCCGUAGCAAGGAUUUGCAUCCACUUUUUGAAUCCAGAAUUGUUGUUUGCUUUUGCGGGCAUUUGCAUUGAAGGAAUUUGCUCAUAAUUCACCGAUAGUGUAAAAAUGUCUCUCAAAGACGACGAAAUAUAAUCAUGUGUAACAUGAAUGAAACACGAUAGCGCACCUUGAACCGGAAAUAUAUGUGCUGCGUGACGUCACACUAGAUACGGACAUCAACCGGAAAUGACCGAUAUAUAUAUUCAAAUAUAUAUGGUCACCCAAGUUCGCACGCUGCUAAGACCACGCGCGGUUAACGCGCUUCGCGCGCGAAGAGCAUGUAAAUCGCUUUCGCGAGGGCGCACCGCGAGGAAUUAAUGUUCCUACACGUUUACCUAUACCAAAUUAGUACGCAGGAAGAGACACGGAAGGCACUUUAAAAAAUGCCGUGGAACCUCGAUUUAACGAAGUGCCAAGGGGCUGGGGAAAUUUGUUCGUUAUAUCGCACACCUCCACUAAACGAAUUUUCGUGAAAACUACCAAAAUGUUCGUUACAUCGAGGUAUAGUUAAUAAUUAAUUUACAAAACCCAGCAUUUCCGGAUCUGAAAAGUUUCUGUGAUUACAUUUCAUUACCGAGCUAUACACAGCUACGGUGCUAGAAACUCAAGAACAGGCAAACAAAACUGCUUAUAACUAUUGUACACAUAAAUCUCAUCUUAUGCUGACAUUUAUUCGUUAUUUCGAGGUAGAUUUUACGUUUGCGCUUGUGGAUUGUGUUGGUUAUAACGAGGAUUUCGCUAAAUCGAGGUUCUGUUCAAUACAUCUUUACAUGCUGUAAUUUGGGCCGGGCUGAAGAAAAUCGUUUGUUAUACCGAGGACUUUGUUAUAUAGAAGUUCGUUAAAUCGAGUUUCCAUUGUAAGUAUAUAUGCAAGAAGGCACGAAUGAAUGUUACUAAAGAGAAGGCAAACGGAAGGUAAGGGAAGACAUCAAUAAGUUAUAUCUUGCAACACAGUAGACUACUGAUAUUCAUUAUUGUCACUGCAAAAAAAAUGAACAGCUCACAUUGUUACAGACUAUGAGCUCGAAGACGACUUUGACAUUUGUAAACAUUCGCAUCUAUCUAUCCCACGUUUCUUUGUGGCCGGAUUUGAGACACGUAGCUGUUCAGGUAGGAUUGGUCUUUUUUCCCUUAAAAUAAAAGCGACGGCACAUGAAUUCUUUCAAGUUCAAAGGCAUUUCUUCACCUUCCCACAAAAUAAAUCUAAACUGUUUUCUUUCGCUUUGACUCCGCGUUUUAUGUUGAAAGAAUUUCGACUCCUCAGUGAAAAAUCGUUUUAAAAAUACUGUUCUCAUUUCGCAUUCAUUUAGCAUUCUUAUUCUCGACCCGCGAGGUAACUUUACCCAGGGAGAAAUCGAUACUGUAUGGGGAUUAAUUCUCUGAGGUCUUAUUAUGUUCUCUUGCCAAGAAACAAAGCCUGCGUUUUCGAUCUGGCCAUCAGUAACUGUGACCGUGCACGAAAUUUAGGUCUCAUUAGGUUCCAUUUGUGAUAUUUUUUCAUCAGAAUGUAUUUUAUCGCCUCAGGAGUGAAAUACUAAUUUUUCGGAUUGACGCCCCCUCAGAUCCAGCGCAACAGUUUUUCUUAGAAACUAACUUUUUCUCUCAGAGUAAGUUGCUGUUCUUUUCGCAUUAUAGGAUAAAUGCUGAUGAAAAUGAUCUUCCAGGGGAAUUUUACGUAUCUCAGUACCCUUCAUUUAUUCUUUUUCCUGCUCAAAGGUAUGUAUGA